CUGCAGACUUUUGUGUACACGUAUUAAACGGCUGCAUGGGCUGGACCGUGGAGUCAAUGGGAACUAGCUAACUCAACACUGGCUAGCUUUCAAGUACAAACUUAGCUAUGCUAACUCGAAAAUUAUAGCUAAUGUAUCCGGAUAAAGUGACGGAAAAUACGUAUUUUUCUUCUAAAAGCAGGACUAUACGUUCGUGCAUGGGAAUCAGACGACGUUUGCUGCGGCUGGUUAAAAACGCUUCAAGGUAAAUGAGCUUGUUUUUUCGGGCUCUGUCUAAUAACUGGGAAGAGCGCUUACUCAUAAAGUCAAGGACUAAUAUCUUUCUAUCUGUAUAAGCGAAUGGUAUGACGUUACAUCUGAAUUGUCAGCCUCGCAGCACUUCACUUUUUCGUUUAUUUAGCGGCAGUGUUCGCUUUUAUCACCGUUCACAUCUGCUGCCAAUGACUGGUGUUGAUGAACUACUUCACUGGCUUGCCAAGUACUCAGCUUAGCCAUAGCCUAAAACAAAAUACAAUACCAAGACGAACUGAAUGCUCGCUGCUUGGAAAUAUCGAGUUUACGCAUUUAUACGGCAUUGUAACUGUAUACUGUCCUCGUUGAGCUCGAUAAAAGCAGCGCACUGUGAGAGACAAACUGCUGAAUACUGUUGCAUUUGAUGCUACAUCUCCAUUUCAGCUCACAACACCAGCGAGCCAUAAAAGGAGUAGAGACUUCUCCCAUGUCGGUUUGCUGCAUCUGCUCUCUGCUUUAUACCUGCAAACUUCAGUGUUUUUGAUAUGUGAGAACAUGACUUGCUGCCUCUCUGACGUGCACAGGCAUUUGCUGUGCCCAUGCCAGGAUAUCUUUAACUCAGGCUGCAGAGAAGUGACUUGCAAGUUGCAACAUCACAGCUUUGUGACCAGAGAUAUAGUGGGCGAUACACCCAUGCACCAAAGUUUUUUACCCCUGUUUUAACAAUAGGCAAAUCACUUCCUAAAGCCUUCAUGUCCAUCUGGCAACAUAUGCAAAAGGAUAUGUUUUUUUGAGAGAAAGGGGAAGCAAAACGUUGUCUAGUGCCUCUGUGGAAAUCAUUAUUGGGUUUCUGUUGAACUCAGGGUGGUGAUCCAGCAGCCUUGGCAGUGUUUGUUGUGGAUUAUUUAUAGCCAGAGGUAAACCACAAGCAACCCAAAUUGAGUAUUUCUGAGUUAAAUACAUCCGUUAAUUAUUGGGGGUAUCUUGACCUUUUUGGAGUCACACUGUUUGGCAUCUGUUGAAGGAAUGGAGUAUUCCAGCUCAUCUGUAACCUUGUUUUUGAUGCCUUUAAACCCAGAGACAAAAAAAUAUAUCAAAGUUUAAAUCCACAAACACACAAUAUGUCCCACUGUGGCACAAUCAAAGUGAUUUUCCCUUUAGAAGCACUGAAAACACAACAGUUUCAUACAAUCAAACAACAAAAAAAACUGUAGAAACAGUAAUGUUUGAAAGGUGUAACCAUAACAGCCCGACAAACAUAAGAAUGAAACAGGUAAAACUUAAACCUGCUGGCUGAAAAUGGUAGAUUGUGUGUUAACACUGUCAUUUUUAGCAUUAUCUAGCAGCCUGAUUCUGGAUUGAAGCACUCCUUUGCUCACACCUCCCACCAGUGAAUGGAUGGUGGCCCUUGAGGACAAGGAACUCCUGUAAUGCAUGACAAGUAUGAUCCUCUAUCUGACAAGUUCUAGCAUAAAAAAAGCUCAUCAAAUGCACUUAGCACACCUUAUUCCUUCCCAGUCUGUUUUCUGGUUAAGGCAGCAAAAUAUACAAACUGUACCUUUAAUGUGAACUCGCAUAACAAUAGUGGUGUUAAAUAAAACUAGUAUGAUUUAUAAAAGAACAUCAGGAUGACUACAUUCUCAACAAGAGUAACAAUGAAAACAAGACAAAAGUGCAUAUGAUUGAUAGAUGUGACUGAAAAACAACCCAACAUUGAGGCAUUUAAAAUAAACAUAAGAAUUGGAUGUAAAAGAUGAGACUAAAAAAGCUUUUAAGGUAAAAUUAAGUUGUAAGCCUGUAAACAAGUGUCCUUUAAAGAGGGAUUAAGAAGGGUGUCCUUUUUCUGUGGCAGGCUGAAGAAUUUUCUGCUUUUGUAUUACUGAAUGAGAGUACUUAAAUGAAGAACUAGUAAGCUCAAAAACUCAGUAUUUGAACAAAUAUGUACAGUUUUGUGACACCUUUUUUUGGUAUUUCCCUCAUAAAUCUGGGUAAUGGUAGAGCUCUUAUAAGAAUUCAUUCCUUGUGUAUAAGCUUGCAGGUUUAAUGACUCUUCUAAGAAUGUGACAUACAGAAAUUUAUCAAGUGUGAAACUAGUUUCCUGGGUGGCCAUGGCUCGAAACGUCUGAAACUAACACUCAACAAGUCUUUCUUUUUGUAUGUGAAAAUGUAGUAUCUGUGAGUGGAGGGUGGCCAUGUCAAAGCAUACACAUGUCAGUACUUGUUGCAUUUACGACCAAAAGCUUCCAUAGCUUCACUCAGACCCCUGGUGUUAGUGAAGACACUAAAAGAACAGGCACUGCUUCAGGGAAUAAAUACUUUUUUUUUUUUUAAAUGAGAAGAGCUCAGAAAAUACGCAUGUAUUUUUAAGUCUGUGAACAUGCAUGCAUUUAAAGUUGCAGUGAGGUGGAAGAGAAACAGUAACUUUAAAUCUGCCAGUCACAGAUAUAGAUACUGCAUAUUACACACAAUUGAGUAGAGUACUUUGCAGCUUUAGUUUUUCACCAGCCAUUGCUUUCACUUCCCUAGAGUAAGCUUGCCAAGACUGUAAUUUAUGUGUAGGCGUUAUUGAUUGAAACAUUUUAUUUCCCACACUACUGUAGGUCUACUUUUUGCGAUGCUGUUUUUGCAGCCUAAGUGCAAAACAUAAGCUUGUGCUUUUGGCGCUUUGAAUCCUCAUUAUGUGGCUGUAUCGUAAAGAAUAGCCUCCAGCAAGACCAUUGAAAUGCUGAUUGUACACUGGGAAAAUCUGAGCUUCUCUCUGUGGGUGAAGUGAAAGGCCUCUCUACCUCAGUGUGAGUGUGUUAUUGUAAGUCAGGCCUGUGCUUUAAUUCCCCCUCACAGCACAUGAACUGCAUUUUCCCUGAGGAUAGCCCUGCUCUCUCCUGCUGGGCCAGACUCUUCAGCCUUUACAAAUAGCAUGCGGUUAAAGACAAGAGGAAAAACAGUAGUAGUCUCAUUUUAUCUUGGAAGAGAGCUGCUAUAACUUCAGAUGUGAACUACUUUUGAGGAUGGGACAGGUUUUCUUUUUUCUUUUCUUUUUUUUACAUUAGUGAAUUUUAUGUCUGCUUCUGUGAAAUCAAUUUAGAAUUUCAAAUUAGGGGAGAGGAAGUGUUUCUCUGUUCUUCCCUUGGCCUUUUUGAGUUCCCCCAAUAGUCUUUCUUUGCAGAGGCUUUCUCUUUUUCUCUUGCUGUGGGUUUCAUUAACUAUGCGCAUUGCAUCUCAGGGCCUCUUUGAGGUCUUUGGCAAACAAAAGUAGAAACAAUCUCUGUAUCCAGGAUUUAUAGGAAGGCCUUGCUUCACUUGGCUGGGCUUACCAGAAGGAAUGUCUCUCAAGGCCACCUGGACGUUGGUAUCUCUCAAAGCAUGGCCGUUGCAUACCCUGACAAAAUUGAUUCAUUUUGAUCAUUUUUUUUCUUCUUAAAUGUAGUACCUGAGUCUGUGUAAGCUUUCUUGAAAACUGCAUGAUGUACUGGAUUCGUCAUGAAUCAGAUAUAUCUUCAGUGGGAUACUAUAAAAGGGCACACUAACAAGGUAGCUUCCAUGUCUCAUUUCACCCUUGUCCUCAUGGUACUCUGUCUGCAUGGUCACCCUUUCUCUCCCCAGUUAGUUCUGCAUGGGAUCCUACUGUGGGUUGAUCUACAUAGAAACGCCAUGCCCUUGAAUUCCUUUUACUCCUUCAGUUGACCAGUGCAGAUAAUGGCGUGUGGUGUGAGAAGGAGUUGGAUAAUGUAGAAAAAGAAUAGUUUUGAAGUCAAUGUUAGGGACAGACUGAUUAAUCGGUCAGCAGAUUAAUUAGGCUGAUUAUUCACAUUUUGACAUGUUCUGUAUUCCAUUGGCCCUGACAAGGACAGUAUCACCAUCAUCUUUUUAUUAUUGAUAACACAUCUUUCCCAUUUCAAGCAUAUCGGGUUGAAAAAUAGUCAUUGACCAGUGUUUUGAUCCUCUAUUAUUUCAUAGUAUUUAGUAUUAACAGCAAUAUCUGUCAUGUUCACAUGCCAAUAUAGCAUAACCCAAUAUUUGUGGAAAUCAACAUGUCCAUUCAUGAUUCAUCAAAAACUAAAUUUAUUUUGAAUUGAGAUAAUAAUGUUUAUCAGAUUUAAUGAUUAAAUGAACUUUGUAAAAAAUCAUUUAAAGACAGGUCAGCAGGUGGCCGAAUGUCAUCAUUCAUGUCAGUACUCUGCCAGGGAAUCAGUUUCACUGAAAGAACAAUGAGAUGUGAAUUUGAAGUGCUGUUAUGAAGAAUUCAGUCAUACUAAACCUCUUUUUUUUCCUCACACAAACUCAUUCAUUGCUGUUCAUCAUGUGACCUCAUUCUUGUACCAUUCUGCUCUUGAUGAGACAUUUGUAUGUUUUAUGUGCUCCUAGCUAUUGAAUCAUCCUCUUGGGUGAUGUUCAUGAUAUGUCUGUCAUCUGUGUGGAGGCUGUUAUUCUUGUUAAAAGCACGAGCUCAAAUGCAACCUGUAAUUUAAAAGACACAUUACUGUUAUAGUGGGCAGUGUGAUGAACAUCUCUGGUGUUUGAUGUGCAGCCAGUGACAGUGAAGUUAAACCCUUCUCCUCUGAAAGUUUUUUGUUUGACUUCUUCAAAGUUUCUCUCCUGCACAAACACCUUUAAUUUCCCUUGAAUCCAAUGUAUUUCCAAACAGAUCUUUUUCCUGUUUUGUCUGAGUGUUACCUCUUUUUGGUUCAGUGUCACCCGUGUUGACUUAAAGCAGCUAGUCUGUACAGUGUUCAGGAUGAGGAACUGUUAGUUUAGCUCUAAUGUCAAUUUUGAUGAAGGUCAGUAAAUAUGCUGCUCAUUGUGACAGCUCAGGAGCAGGGUUUUGUUAUAAAAACAGAAACAGUUUGGUGUACCAAAACUCUGUUGUCUCUGUUUCAGUGAAGACUUGGCUCAGAAAAACUCAGAGUUCUGUAUUUCUAUGAAAAAAAAAAAAACUGCUAGAAAUUUUUUUUGCUAUGCUUGAAAUGACAUUUUUCAACAAAAUGUAGUGUGUGAACCUAAUGUUUGGUUUGUUGUAGGUAAGCUAACCCUUAGCUCAGUGUCACACAUCUUUCACUGAAUUUUAGUCAUCAGAAAAUAAAACUGGAAAAAAUCAUCAGCAACCAAAAAAAAGUCUCCUGGCUUUCUGCUUCAAGCACCUGAGCAGACAUGCAAUUUGUCUGCCAAACUAUCAACUGUCACUUUGUUUCAAUGAGAAAAACGAGAAAACAGGUCUUGAGUCUCCAAAAUGGACCUGUUGCAAAGAAAGCGUUCUUUGCUUUUAGUUAGAGAUCGGUAUUAUACACAAAUUUUACAAUACAUAACGCCAAUAUAAAACAGACAUCUAUCUCUGUGUGGUGUUUCUCUCUGUCUGCACGUGGGUUAGAAAAGCUUAGCAAGCAUGUCAUUUUUCUGCUGCACAUUCCUACUUAUAACACCACACUUACCACAAUCUUUUCCCCCACCGACUCUGUUUUCUCUGUUCUCCCUUUGUUGUCUCUCUGUCUCCUUAGACCUGAGUGUCAAAAAGAAAAAUGACUCAUCAUUUUACUCAGAGUGAAAUAGUACAGUACAGUCGAUUUGUUUCCUGCCUGGUGGCAGUAUCCAGACUUCCUGCGGAGGUGAAACUGAAUGCUGGGCUUAUUCCUUUUUUGUCUCUCAGCUGUGAGAUGAGGUGAAUGUCAGAUUUAUUUAUGCUGAGUGCAGGGUUUUGCUCCUUAUCCAACUCCGACUGCAGCGGGAGAUCUUAAGAAGUCCUAUCUGUCAUGGUGUACUUUGAGCCCUCCUGACAGUGUGAUCAGCAUAUGACUGCAGGGCCAGUGGGUCAUUAAAGUGGUUGAAGGUUCAGGAGAGUGGAUUACCUUAAGGAAAGACUGGGUUUCUUCCAUUUGAAAUGAGUGGAUUUGUAUUUUGUGGCUUUCAUCAGCUGGAUUUAUGAUGGAUUUCUUCAUGGGGUAUGUUUGUUGCAGAAUGCUGUUAAGUGUAGCUGGGAUGGAUGUUUGGAAAAUGUACAGGGUUGAGCUUUAAUGCUAAACCUAGUAUCGUGGGUAAGGCUGAUUAUGAUAAACAUAAGGUCAUUGUAACUCUGUCCAGAGUGCACCCUGGUGUGGUUAGUAGGAGUGUCUAACACACAAAAAAACUUUGCUUCUAAAAAUCAAAAGUUCAUUUAACAUAAAGACUCGGAUGUAUCAAUGCUCUGAACUGGUUCAAGUUUGCUCCUAACUGUUUCCUUCAAUGCUACCUUAAACCAAAGGUUAUUGAUCAUUGAUAAUCAGUCAAUCAAUUAUUACUGACCAAAAAUCUCAUCCUGUUGAAUUUUGACAGUCAAAUGUCUCUCAUUUAUUGUGAAUACUUCUUGUUGAAAUUUUAAAAAUGGCUCUUACUUCAGUUGCUGAGCUGACACCUCCCCACUUAAUGCAUUAAAAAUGACUACUUUGAAAUUGUUGGUCUUAAAAUAAUGUGUUGUUGGUCACUGAUGGUCUUGUUUGCUCUUGGAUAUCAUAAAGAAACACCUAUAUGACUCCCCAUUUAUUUCAUGAAUGUCAGAAAACUCCUCACAGGGCCUUUGAGGGGUGCGUUUGUUUUUGAGAGGAGUCCUCUGUAAAAACAACCAUAUUCCUAAAGAGCUGGCAAACCGUGUAAAAUGUAGAGACAGAACAUUUAGUGGUUUGCAAACCACUGAGGGUCUAAAUUACAGUCUAUAUUUUAUUUAAAAUAGUACAAACACAACAAAUCAUAUGUUAAAAAUGAAAAAUGACAUUGUUUUAUGAAAACUCCUCUGUUUGCUGAUGAUACAUUUGACGCCUGCUAUACUUCUUAAAACAGGGAAAUGCCCUCUUCUUGUGAGUGCACAGCUUAAAAACCACAACAAGUCAAAAUACUACAACCAGUAAUAUUACUGAAGAUGAUAAUAAUAAUGAUAAUAACAAGAACGAAAUAUUUAUUAAUAUUAAUAGAUUAUAUUGUAAGACAAAACAAAAGUUUAAAAGUGACAAAAUACGAAUUAUAACAGCAGAGGAGAAAAAAAAACCUAGUAAAUCAAAGUAAAAAAAAAAAUUAAAAUAAAGGUGUUGAAGGAUGAUACAUAUUCCAGGGGGAGGAAAAUAAAGUGAAAAAAAGGACCAAAGAGAAAAGACACCGUCACAUCAGAAUAAAAAUAGAUAAAAGGGUGUGGUGCAGUUAGAUUGAAAGAAACAAACCCUUACAAAAAAAAAAGAAUAAAUAAAUAAAUAAAUCAAAGCGAUCUGUUAAGGAGGAGUCAGUUUACAUAGCUGGAAUGUGUAAGGCACCAUUAAUACUGAGCGAUGUGCAGUAUACUGGUUCUGAGGCAACAUUUGCUGCCGGUAAGAUAAUGUAUUUUUUUUAGGGAGGACUUUGCAUAAGAAAAAAAAAAAGAUGUCAAACUAUGUUUUGCAUGUAGUCCAGCAACAUGGCUCCAUAGUGGAAGAGUCCAGGUGCUUAAGUGGUCAGCAAUCCUCACUUGUUAUCCAGUGGUAACAUUUCAUGACACAAAAAAGACCCUGAACAGCUGAAAUCCUCUAUCAGGCAAGAAUGAGCCAGCUGUUCACUUUCUAAACUCCAGAAACGGUAUUUGCAGUUUAGUUGAUUUGCAAACUCAUCAGAUUCUGUUUUUAUCAACAGUUGACACAGCUUCUUGACUCUUCUGGAGUCGGGGUUGUAUCUUAGCCAUGUUGUGCACUGAAGGGACAUUAUUUAAGACUUGCUUUGGAAAACUGCUCCUGCGUUAUCCUUUGUAUAUUAAUUUUUUUUUCUUUAUUGUAGCAGUCUUGAAGUUAAUGUGAAGCCGUCUCCUCAAUGAUCAUAUACUGUGGUGUGCUGUAAAACAUGAAUGUAGACUCAGUGGAAGUUUUACUAAUGGAAAGUUCUAACUUGUGAAUUAAUUAUUAUCGUUGCUCUGCAGGUGGCGACAGACAAGGUUGCUGGUAAGCUGAGUUCUACUCUCUCAUGGGUGAAGAACUCGGUGUCCCACACGGUCAGUCAGAUGGCUAGCCAGGUGGCCACGCCCACUUCCCUGCAGACCACUGCUACCUCCUCCUCCACUUCUCUGUCCUCACCUGGCCUCUCACCUUCCUCACCAGCACAGCUCAGUCCUGACGAUGUGGAGCUGCUCGCCAAGCUGGAGGAGCAGAACAGGUAAACAUCACCUGUCUGUCAACUUAAUACUCUGUGAUCAUGAAGGGUGGAGAAAGAGGGAUUCCCUUUAAUGAAUGUAGUCACAGAGGUAAACAGAGCACCGGUGGACUGUCUGUAAGAGCUUGUUUAACAUUUGUUAACAUACAUUACACACAUACAGUCGGCUCCUCGGUAUUAUGAUAUAUCUGAAUUUGUGAUGGGUCAUUUAAGACCCACUGAACCACAGCGAUGUGACAGUGCCCACCGUCAAUUCUGCUUUCAACAUAAAGUUGAAGUUCAGGGCAGGAUGAUUACAUUUGAACUCCAGUGCUGUUGGAGAGAAAUAUUUCAUUUAGCUGAUUUAUUUUGACGUCACUGACGUCAUGUGGGCAUCAGCCCACAAGGAUGACAUCACUAUCAUCUUGACAAACCAGAAAUGCAUUUUUUACAAUCCCUAAUGACAGCGUAUCAAACCUUAAACAGUCACUAGUUAAUGUUGAAUAUGAACUCUGUUAUGAUGCAGUCUAGUAGUGAUAUUCCAAUUACCUACCUAGGCAGCCUUCACGCUUCUUCCCUAACCCCUUCUGAUUUAGACACAUAGACAUGGAGUGACUUUGAGCAGGUUAUGACAUGUCAGCUCCCUCACAGUCGAUGAAGUCACAGGGUGAUAAAAGUUGAAGAUUUCUUGUUUGACAACUUUGAGCAAAUUCGAUCUUUUUGAACCUUUUUUCAGCUGACUUCCCAAUGUUUCCUGCUUCUGAGCUGUCAGGGUUGAUCUGUCUUUUUGUUAUUGUGACUCUUCAGACAAAGGCAAAGUCAUUCAAUUUUGAUCUUAUCAUUGCAAGGCUAGCUUGUUCACUUGGGUGUCAGGGUGUUGACUUUUUCUGAUGUGGUCCUUGAUAACAGCUUUGAAAGGAAAGUCUUAUAAAUGAAAUAGACUAAAACUGUCUGGAUUCAACAUGUUUUUUUUGUGAGUGAUGGUUGGCUAACUUAGCUUAAGCCUUGUUUUGGAAGGUCUCAUUCACUAAAUGUAAAUAAGUGAAAAAUACGAGUGAGGGUGAUGGCAAACAGGGAGAGGUAGAUAUAAAAUUCAAGAAAAAAGUAUUCAGUUACCCAAAAAUGACCAGAGUUUGAACCUUCUGUUUACAUCUCCGUGUAUUAUUGACUGGGAUGUUGAGCUCCUUAACACAUCUGCAUGUGUUUUCUGGGCCUGUUAGAAGAUAUUCUGCCUUCACAGAGCUUCAUCCUCUCAAAGGAAGAAAAUGUCAAAUCUUUGUGUCUCACCUACUGAUCCAUUGAGCUGAUAAAAACACAGUACACUUUCACAGUAGCAGUCUUUUCUUUGGUAAGAUGUAUCCUGUGCUCUGUCCCUGAGGUGCUCAUUGUUCACGAGAGAAUAAAGUCAUGGUGGAGGAUGACGCGACACCCCAUCUGUAGCCAACUUUGUGAAUUCUUCCUCCGUUGUUUCUUUCACCCAUGGCUAGUGCAGUCAGUGUCAGCAUGGAAACCGAGCGUGUAGUGCAGAGUUCAGGAUUGUGUCACAGCUAACUCCAGAGAAGAAGAAGACAGCCCAGCUCUGUUGAAUUCAGAGGUCGGUGACUCAUGGUUACGCCCACAGAGGCGACUGCUCCAGAAUGCAGAGUGACACUUGUUGCAAAGGUUUCCUUCAUCAGGGAAAACCACCACCUUCACAAAAGGGUUUGAAUUUUCCUUUAAUGUCCUUCAUUUUUAACUUACUUGCAUCAGCUCAUCAGAAAACGUAUUGUCAUGGGGCUCAUUGGUUACCUGCCAUCGACCCAAUUUCCUCUGAAAUCACAGUGAGAAUCUUUCACAAAACACGUUUGGUGUUCCUUACUGACCGCGCUGUCUUUUCUUUACCAGCAAACCAGCAGCAAAAGUCCGAGGAAGCACAUAACUGGUAUCAUCAAAGUUUUUUUUUAACAAAGAAUCAGGGCAUAAAAUUUGGCAGGGACCCCAGGGGCUUUCCCUUAGGCAUGUCAAGCUAAUACUGGACAGUCCCUGGCAAUAGUUAUGUAAGAGAAAAAUCUAUGGUAUGAGAUUUGAGAUAGCAGUUUACUGUAUAUGUCCAAACACUUGACUGAGAGAGAGUGAACUAGCAGCAUUCAUCCGUCUGUUCAGCAAUGCAACAAAAUGGACUUUAUGAUCAUGACUUUCAGAUAUAUCACACAAGAAAAUGCGCACUUCUACACUGAUGGGAUCUGAGAUAGUGAAUUAGAAUAUAGGAGACAGCUGCAAAGUGCUGAUUCUGUGAAAUAAUGUGUUUUUUUGUGUAUUUCUUAAGGAGAACGCUGUCACAAACUAAGACAUAUGCAGGGGUGCAUGUAUGAAAUGUUCAGUCAGAGUCAGUAUGGUGUGCUGUUAUUCAAAGAUAUGUUUUUUUUACUCAGUAGCGUUCAAUAAUUCCGUGUUAAUGGACGGUGUUUGCACUAAAGCUCCUGUGAGCAACCUUUGGUUUGUGCCAGUUUUAGUGCCCCCAUGUGGACAAAGAGUCCCUGCUUAUCUCGUGUGCUACAUGUUUGAGUAUUGGUUUAUGACAACAAAUCUCAUUCUGACAUUUGACAGUAAAAUUGAUCAUCAAUUGUGGGAAAAAUUAGGCUGUUUCUUAAGCUGCAAGACCUGGACCUACCCCCUGCGCACUGGGCAUCAACAUGAAUUUUAGUCUGUUUCAUGAAUGUCAAAAAACACCUUGUAGGAGCUUUAAGUUUCUUUCUUGGUUUCAUACCUGGUCCUGUUUUUUAGUAAGGCAGAUGGCUUGCUUACCUGAGGAGGUCUCGAAGAAAGAGGCUUCUGUGAUGUAGACUGGCAUGCACUAGAUUCAGCUGCCACCCAUGUAGUGAGAACUGUGGUUAACUCCCUUGAUUUAGUGCCAACCACACUUGUGGGGUUUGGAGAGCUCCCGUCUUUCUGACACGAUUGCCGGCUGAUACCAGUCUGAUUCGCUGCACCUGUUUGCUUAGUUUGUAAAUUGGAGCUCAAACUUGAAGAACUUUGUUAACUUUUAUUGUUUGACAGAAAGUGCAUUAAGGGUGUUCUGACACAACUUUUCUACUUCUGAUAUGAUACCAAUAUUGUAGCCUUCAGUACUGGCCAAUACCAAUAUUGAUCGGAUAUUGGCACAAAAUUGUGCACGACAAGUUUUGCACUCAGCUGCAACGUCUUUUUUGGACCUAAAGGGAUAUUCCAACGUAAAAUUAACAAAGGGUCAAACACACCAUAACACCAAGUUAGACACCCCAUUGAGAGAUGAAUGCUGCCAACCGGUUGCUUCUCUAGUUAUACCAACUUUUAUAAUGACCGCAGAUAGCAAUACACAGCAGUCUGAGGGGCCAUAAACAAACCUCAACCAAAACGCCACUCUAUAGCCACAAAUAAUUUACAAACAAGCGGCUGCUGGAAGAGAGGGUGAGUAGUGUUUGUUAAAGAAACCAGGCAAAGUUAAAAAAGGUGUUUGGUGGCUAGUACUAUGGCUGGGACCCUAUAUGUACUGUUGAUAAAGUUAGGUGCUGUUCUUAGCAUUAUGAGCUUAUAAUAAUUAGCUUAUCUUAGCAUUUGAGCGCAUGGCUCUGUGUAUUGCUAUCUGCCGUCGUUAUGAAAGUUGGUAUAACUAGAGAAGCAAGCGGCCGGCAACAUUCAUCUCUCGAGGGGGGUGUUGGUGUUACUGUGUGUUUGACCCUAACUUAAUUUUACACUGAAUAUCCCUUUUAAUGAAAUAUACUGCCAUAAGGCCGAUAUCACUCCUACUCCUUGCUCCUUUGUUAGUACCCUAGUUCACACUGUUGUUGUGAUCAGGUAAGCUCUGCAUGCUGGAUCCAGGUGCUGCCAGAUAGAGGUGCUGGAGCAUAGUCUGGAAUGGACUGCUUGUAUUCGAGUGCUGAUAUUGAAGAUUUUAGAUGCAGGCCGAUAUAAUCUGAUGUAUAUAUAUAUAUAUAUAUAUAUUUUUCCGCUGCUAUCAGAUAUUUGAUAUCAAUAUCAUAUAGGACAUCUUUGGACAUGCUACUUUGGACUCAUCAGCUGAGUGAUCUGGGAGUCUUUUCAAAGAAAUGCGCCAUCCAAAGCCCAGCAUAGCUCCAUCAGGGAGCAGGGAAAUACCGUGCAGUUUAAAGAGACAGAAUAACACAUAAUUUAAAAAAGAAGGUGUUUAUUAUGGACUUGAGCUUGAAUGGGUUUUGACGUACCUGUGGACAAAGCUACAGACUAAAACCCCUUAUCCUACUGUGCUCACUUUAAGUGUUUGCAGUGGAAAAUGUUAAGACAGGAAGUUUCUAAUACAUGUUGUCAGUCACCUGGUCUGACACCUCCCCCCCUCAUAGCAGUUUCAGGCUUUGAAAAGUGUGUUAGAAUUAUGAAAAGAGCUUGUUGGUGAUGGUCCCAUUUGUUUUUGAAAAUCUCAGAGAGGCAUCAGUAUCAGUUUUAGCCUGUUUCUCAACCAGGUAAAAACUCCUCACCGCCCUCAAAUGCAAUGUUCGAUUUGGAGCCCUGAUAUGUUUGCUUUUUUCAUCUUCAAACACUACAGCAGGUAAAAUACAGAUUUUAAGGCUCUAGGUUGCCACAGGAUGCAAAACUUUUUCUUUGUUAUUUAGGAAUGGGAUAUAUUGAUUUUUAACCUAUGAAAAAGUUCUGAUGUUCCCACACUACCAGAGGCAGAGAGAAGCAGAGGGAGGCUUAGAGCCAGAUAAGAGUGAGAGCUCCCAUCGAGAUAGAAACAGACAUAAUAAUAAAGAGUUUUUUUCUGGCCCUGGGGAGGAUAUGGAAAAAAAAACACAGAGGUAUGGGAUGCAUUAAUGUAAUUAGAUUUGACAGUAAGCACUGUGAUGCAGCAACUGUAAACCCAAUGUUAGUGAUCUAAUAUAUGUAAGAUAAUUCAUUGUUUCUUGAGGGGUCAGGGAGAGUGCAGUCAAGCAGUAAACAGUGUUUUUCUUGCUCCAUUUGACUCUUACAUAGCUUAUUUUUAAUGGAAGACAGAUCAAAUGGUAGUGUGAAUUAAAGGUUGUUGGAAUUUUACUAAAAGGCACUGCCAGUCAUUGAUAACUUUAAAAAAAUGGCUGUUUUCUGUAAGCAAAAAGACACAUCCACCACAAACAAGUGCAUACAGUACCCAGACCAGGAGGAAAAAUGAUUAAUGCUCAAACUGUCCUGGUGAAAAAAUCUCUGCUCUCUGCAGGUGCAGAGAGAUAGAGCUCUUUGAUGUUCAUGUUGAUCUUCCAGAUACUGCGAUGGAUUCAGUGCUCAUUCACCAAGUGUGUGUUUGUUUGGUGAGGCCUUUGUACCCUACAGAGCAGAUAAAGACAGCAGCAUUCACCUAGUACCUUCACAGUAACAAGGAAGUUUAACACCAACCCCUGCUCUUCUGUCGGUCAGACAUGUCAUUGCUUCAGAAAUUCUAGGGACCAGAGACAUGAGGAGUGCGCCAUGAAUUUUUCUUGGUAAGGCGUCUUGUGUCUUCCUCUUGUUACCCAGCUGUGAUCAAUCUAAAUCAUGAUAUCAAUAUAGUUUUUCAGUUUGAAGAGAAUUGGCCUCUUAAUUGUUGGCUUUGUGUCCUAGCUCGACAUUUGAAUCCAAGUUUUUCUUUGAAAAGCUGCAAAAAUAACUUGAUAAAGAGACUUUUUAGUAGUUUUUUAUGUUUUGUGUUUGUUAGGCUGCAGACUUGUGUUUGGAUACUGGUGAAUUAUUAGCAGGGGUGUGUGUUUGUCCAGGUGCAUGAAUAACAUGGCCUCAGUUUGCAGUGUACAUGACUUGAUGUGAAGGAAAACGUCAGGUUUUUGGUCAGUCACGGUUACUUUUCUGAACGCCUUGGCUCUGCAUCAGAACUGGAUACAAGUAAAGACACUCUGUUGCAUGCUGGUCUUUCUGGUUGUCCAUUUCACUCCCUGCCACCUGACCCAAAUUUGGCUGUAACCCUAGCCAAUCUGGGAGCACCCUCAGUGACAUCACAGGCUCUGGAGCAGAGGCCUCGGCUUUUUCCGAGAUCAGGUGUCUCAGUUUUUGUGUGUGCCUGUCAGGAGCUCUUCUGUGCCGUACAGGUUGGGCUUCACAGCUCUUUCCUCUGCAUGCUGAUCCUUGAUCAGGUCACUCUUUUACUGGCUCCAGUUACAAACUGAUAAGAGUGUAAGAGAGCAAGACUGUCCAGCUGAAGAACUUUUUAUCCUUAAAAAAGGCUCUAGUUAUCAAUCUAAAACAGAAGAAAUGACAAAUGAAAAUGACCCUCUGUGGGUUUUGUCUUGUUUGCAGACACUUAGUGGUCACCAGCAGCAUUUGAAUGCAUCAGCCCUCUCCUAUACAAUACUUGACAUCCCUCUAGCAUGAUAAUCAAGGUGCUGUCUGUUUUUCACAGUAAUCUGAUGUUUAAGAUGAUAGUUUGAAAGCAGGGAUUAUUAAACAGCAGCGUACCCCAGCUCCUCUUCUGUAGUCAGAAGUUGUAUUUCCACCAUGUUUUACAGAUGACUGAAAUUUGAACAGAAAUUAUUCCUCUAAAUAUAUGAAAAUGCAUCUGUGUGUAUUCUAUGUUUUUGUUUAACAAAAUGACAAUAACAACGUAUUUUUAGACACUGUGUUUUUGCAGUGAGGUGAUCCCAGUUCCUGUUUCUUGUUGGCCUCAAUAUAUUUCGUAGAGUUUGGACUUUGUGCUUGGUCCAUCUCAUGCUUUUAUCAGUGACAUCACCGUUGUGCUGUGGUUUCGAUAAACUAAGAGAAAUGCUGGUUUUAGCGUUAAGCUAACAUGUAGAGGGGAAAGCCUGCCUCAAAAGUUACUUUACAUACGGAAAGCACCUUCAAAGCAUACUCAAGAGCAGGGACUUUUAGGGGGAGAAGUUAUGUCCCUAGUUAAGACCUCCAUUUGUCUGUUAUGACUAAUGCUACUUUCAGUGAUAAUGAAAAUGAUAAACCAACAGAAAGUACCAGGGAAAGUAGGUUCAUAGCUAUGAAAUUGAUAAGCUCCUUUACUGUCAGGGCAGUGCCUGAAUCAAACCUAAUGUGAAUAAGGGGAUCAGUUCUACCUCCUGCUUGUGAUGAGGCUGUGACUGUCUGUGCUUUACAGAAGUGUUAAAUGGCUUUUUGAAUGAGCUGUCCAUUUUUAGCUCUGCCCUCGAAUGUUGGCAGCUUUGAUUUCAACACUAGAUGUGGCUUGACCGUCUGCCUCAGUCACAGCCUGCAAAUUGUCUGGUACUGAUUCUGCAUUUGGCAAGACCUGUAGUCCUUUGCACAGGUGUGUAUUGCAGGUGUAUGUUAAAGGAAAAGACAUGAUUUUCUAGUCCUACCCUAAUCAUAUUUUUUUGUAUUACUUGUACAAAGUAAUACAAAAAAUAUGUUGUGAUGGUCUUUAAUUAAAUUAAAUUAUUAUCAUUAAGUUUUUAUCCAAAAACACGUUACCUGUGUCAUUUUCAAGGGUUUCUUCUGCAGAGCUCCAGUAGCUCAUUAGCAAUUCACCUCUGAGUCAUGGGCGGAGACAGUGCUGCAUUGCACACUCCUCUUCACACUAGCUUGCAGUCUAACAUUGCUGGUGUCGUAGAAGAAACAGGUAACAUAAGAGCUAUUCAGCUUUCGGACACUAAAGUCUUUAGGGACAUGAUGAAAGCUAAUAUCGUAAUUAGCUUUCUUACGAGCAUUUCAAUCCGCUAACGCACAUGCGUAUUUCACAAUUGUUCUCUCUACUUUUCUAAGUCUGGCCUGCAUAGUGGGGCUCCGGGGGCGGAGCUUGGAAUUGUGAUGUAGAAAAUUUCACUGUCUCUGAGCCUACCGUUUGGGUCUGCCAGAGAUUCACAGCAAUUUAAAUGUAGAAAUACUCAGAAAUGCAAUUUUGCUCUUAGUUUGCUUAUGAUAUGUCCUGUAGCAUCAGAAAAAUGCCAUCUGAAACAUGAUUUUCAUUGGCAUGGAUCUUUAAGUCAACACAUUGCUUUCUCUCGGAUUUUGAGGUUUAGAUAUGUGGUCAUUUUCAACAUUUUUAACCAAACACACUAUAUGUUGUUGAGACUCUAUAGGGAAAAACAACCUUUUAUCUAAAAUAAAGAUCCAGAUCCACUCAAGCUGUGUUUAAAAAAAUCUACACAUCUUCAAAUUUCAAGAAAGAUCAAACAAAUAUUGUGGUGUCUGUCUGACCCUGCACACAUUGUUAACAGUACACCCACCCUCUUGCUUUCACUACAGGCUGCUGGAGACAGACAGCAAGUCGCUGCGCUCUAUGAAUGGCUCCAGGCGAAACAGUGGCUCCUCCCUGGUGUCCAGCUCGUCCGCUUCAUCUAACCUCUCCCACCUAGAGGAGGACACGUGGCUCCUGUGGGGACGAAUUGUCAAUGAGUGGGAGGAGGUGCGCAAGAAGAAAGAGAAGCAGCUUAAGGUGAGACGAGUGCACAUGACAACCUGUAGAGUGACAGCCAAGUCCCAUGCAGACCUGCUUAAGUGCUUACUGACACACAACUGCAUUAAGAGCUUACUGAGACACAUUUGACCCAUCUGCUCAUGGUUAAUGCUGAAAUGUUAUAUCUGCCCUUAUGUAUUACUUUCUCAAUUUUGAACAAUUUCAGUUUGAGCAGUACAACAGUGUUUCUGAAUCUGGAAAAAAAAGGAGGCAUAAGAAAUAAAACAGCGUCUGGCUCUGAAUAGCUCUCAAGUUGAUAAGAAAUUUAAGAUCUAGGCUGCACUGAUGCUCUGGUGAUGUUUUUUGAGGCGUUUUAUCGAUCUGCUUUUGUCACAAUGGCCCUGUUUGUGUGUUUGAAUGUUUACCAAGUCAGGGGAGGCUAUCUUUGUCCAGGGUGAUCCUGAAGAGUUGUCCUUGAGCUGGUUAUUUUAGUUUUUGACAUUCACUGCUAUGUUUAGAUUGUUUGUUUCUUGCGUUACUCCCUGAAGUCUUGUGAUAACCCUUAGGCCAGUUACUGUCACUGGAAAAACCUUGUUCAGUGCUUGGUUUGAUAACAGUCUGAUAACAUUCAGGAGUCGUAACAGUGACUCAGGCUGGAGCCUGUUGUUAGCGGGUCACUCACAGCUUACUGCAGCUACAUAAAUGGACUGGUAACCUCAGUGUUGAUCGUGCCAGUGUGUCAGUUUUCUGUCAACUCAAAAACAAAAACAAACUGAGCCUGUGUUUAGUGGUUCUUUCAUAGGGCCUAGAUCGAGAGUACCUGGUUCCGAUGGUGUAGCUGUUGCUCAGUGUAGUCAAAUGUGAAUCCUCUGUAUAUCAGCCGGACCCACUCCAAGCUCUGACAUGCAGGCAGCAGGAGCAGGAGAGUAAAAAUGUCGCUACACAAAACUGCAGUGAUCAGUCAUUUUUCAUAGGGUUACCAUAGCUCCAAAUCUUUAUCUGCUGUGUGGUAAAUAGACGUGUUAAAUUUACCUGCUGAUCAGAGACUCUCAACGAAGUGUGGGUCUCUAUAAAAUGUUUUACAAAAUAAAUCCUGUAGGCCGCUUUGAAUUGAUUUACUCAUACUUACACUGAAUGUGUGCUCCCAUGAUAUCCCUGAUUCAAGUGUAUAUUCUUGAUUGACUCACACACUUAGUCAGAUGGUAUCAUCUCACCACUACUUCAGUCCAACACCAGUUCAACCAAUUUACUGAUCUACUUUUUAAUACAGCUACCUUAUUAUUAUAAACACAGUCAUAAACGAGCUCCCCCAUCUAAACCAGUGCUUUCAUGAAUCUUAAGACAGAGCAGUAGCUUCUAUCUAGAUAAGUAACAAUUAGCCCAGCGCUGUAUUUGACUGUUUUUGCUCUUUUUAGAUAAAUACAGAGAAAACAAACCCCUCUUCAUCCUUUAUUAUUACCUGUAACUCCUAUGUCAAAGAAAAUCUUUAUCUGUGUUCCACAUUUGUUCUGCUCUCUUAUUAUAGUGGAUGUUAUGAGGAAGAUUCAGAUUUUUUUUUAACAAUUAGUCCUGUUCAAGUGCAAAGUGAACAAUAUUAGAAAUACUUUGUUUGUCAAGCACUCUUCAGGACAGGCAACAAAAACACCCAGGAGAAAGGGAGGAGAAAAACGACAAUACAAGCAACCAGGCAAUAAAAGUAAACCAAAAAAUCCACAGAGUGUAAGAGAUAUUGUGUCUUGAGCAGUGAAAUAAAAGAAGUGUAACUAUGAUCUUCUCUAAUGGGCUGAUCAAGGGUCUGGGGGCUCUGACCACAUAUAAUGCCAUACACAUGAUUCAAAAAAUCAGUCCCAGUGGUGGCAUGCUUUCUUUGUGUCAGUGGUGCUUCAGUCCAUGUUAUACAUGCUCAGUCAGUCCUCAUGAUUACCAUCAGGCCGUAGUCAUUGUCAGGCACACUUAAAGUCCUUUGUCUGUAACAUGUUAACAUGCUAAAACAAGUGUUGGCAUGGAGCUGCUGUUGCACGGACUUGUUGUGGUGACCUGUAUUCAAACAGAGCAGAGCCUCUGCAUCAACUGGGGCAGGGCUUCUGUUUUUCUCAAAGCUGUGUGUGUGAAAAGGGAAGUGUUUUUAAUGAGUGCUGAACGGCAGAGCGUUGUUGUGUAAUUUAACAGAAGUAGGAAUGACCAGAUGGUGGUUGUUGCAGCUAACACCAGAUAUUAAUCAUAACUGCUGAUCCAUCCACAAAGCGGAUGUUUCUUCCCCCUCAGCAUCAACAGAAAAACACAGAGUCUGUUGCAUGAAGGAAGGAAACUUGUCAGCAAAUCCCCAAGAGUGUUUUCAAACCCUGAUUAUAUUCCUCCAAGACUCACAGAGGCCGGGAGAAAUCGGACAAGGUUAGGGGAUGUGUGGUGGGGCUGUAACCAUCUAUCAGUGGUCAGUCUGAUCAGAUUUGGCUGUUCUAACAAAGCUUUAACAUUACGCUGAACUCAGACACCAAACAACAGUAGUCCCAUGUUACACCUUGAAGACGGUUGUUUCAUAACCAGUCGUUGACACUGUUGAAGCUGACUGAUUUCUUGAUCAUUUUAGGUGUGUCACUUUCUUUUUGAACUUUUUAAUUAACUUGGCUCUGAAGUUUAGUCAUGAAAUAAUCCAAAGUUAGCAGCAAGUAGUCUAAUAGUGUUGAAAAAUAUAUAUAGAUUUUCAACAUAAAAGGUUUUAAAACUUAUUACUUAAACCGGUAUUUAGAGCACUGGGUCUGCUGGUUUGGUUAAAGGUCACCUCUUUGGGUAGUGAAGCCUCUGGUAGUGUCCAGUUUAGGGUUCGGAAAUCAGUACCACAUUCUACGUGGUAUAAUCUUAAUAUAUUGAUUUAUGUAAAUUUGAAUGUGCAAAAGGGCAUGAUGGUCAAAAUUAGGAUAGAUCAAAUACUUGAAACAUUUUAGUUGCUUGUAAUGAGUCAAGAAUAUGUAAAAUGGUCACUUAAUGAAGUAACUGAUAGAAACUAAUGUGCACUAUUCUCCUAAAAUGUACUAGUAUUUUAAUAAUCAUAAUAAUAACUUUUAUUGUUUAUAUAUCACUUUUCAUAGCAGAGUUACAAAGUGCUUCACAACAUAAAAAUGGAAUAGAGACAGAGGAAGAACAUACAGGAGCAGACACCAAUACAGUUUCCAAAAUAACACUCAGUCAAUAGGGAUGAUUUAGAUGUCAGUAAAAGAUCAAACUAAAACCAUAUUAAAAGUUUUUUAAAAUACGUAUAGAAAAAAUGAUAAUAAAAUAAAUUAGAAAAGAGUUUAAAACAAAAUCAAAUGACUUCAUCAAAGUGAAGAGCAAAAUUAAGAAAACAUUUUAAGGUCUGAUUUUGUUUUCAUUUUGAUGUCUUUGGCCUAUAGCGCAUGAAAAUGAAAAAUCCAGUAUCUUGCUUGAUUUUAAAUACAUCUCAGUAAAUAAGAGUAAUUCUGUCAUUUAUUGAAAGCUCCUGCAGUAAUUUUGAUAGAUAUUGAAACAGACUGAAAUAAACAAUGAUGUGUCUGUAGGAUGUACAGAACCAAGUGUGAACCAAGUCUUCAUUAUAAUUUUAGUGCCUGUCACUGCUGUAAGAGGCAGAGGUGCUGAAGAAACAGGAUUUAUUACUUUUCUUACCUCAAAUAUACACAGUUAGUGAUCAAUACUACUGUAAGAAGGCAGCAGAUGGAGAUUGUUAUGUCAGUAACACAACCUUACUCAGACUAAACAAAAACAGCAACAGUAUAAGGAUUACUAUUUGUCCUUAGGGGGCGCCAAAAUCACCACAGAAAAAAAGAAUCCUGUCAGGAGCUUUAAGAGAGUGAACAUUUGACAUUUUCUAGACCCAUAACAUGGAAACUCAACAGUUUCAGGUAUCUUUCUAUCCUGACUUUGAAAGUCAUGACACAUGGUCUCUGUUAGAUACUGGAGCAUUUCAUUUAGUUUGAUAUUUUUACGAGUGAUGGGUCAAAGUCAUUAAAGUUACAAAUGUCAGAGGACUUGAAAAUCUUCCCUUUGAAUUUGAUCAUGAAAAAAAUGGUGACUUGUAGCUUAUUGAGAUGCAUCUGUAUAUGGUGUCUGUCUGUAUAUAAAGUCAACCUCCCAUAAAGUGGUGUAUAUGGUGACACGUAUCAAUGAACUCUAAAAAAAACAGAGCUUUGACAUCAGGGAUGAUGAACAUGAUUUCCAUGUUUGAUCCUGUCACCAAGCAUUAGUGAGAGUCAACAGUGGGAGUUAAAUCAGUGGCGCUCCUCUGACAGCAACUCUUACUCAGACACAGUCAAGUUAUGAGGCCGUACAUUGUUCCAGCACAAAGCUGGGUUUGUCUCGUCUAACCUCUGAGAGGCGAGAGGGAUCCCCUGCUGAAAGCCUGUGUGGGACGACCUCUGCUCCAGAUGCACCCUGCACUGACCAGAUGCACUCACAAGCACACAUAGAUACACACAUGAUCCCAGCGCAGCAGGAAAGACCACUGUUCCCUGUCAGCACAGGAAAUUGCUUCAUCAAAUAGUAUCAGCAGUAAUAUAUGGAAACAAAUCACAGUGAAAAGCACCUCACUGACAAGAUUAUAUUUGGCAGUGGAGAUUGUGUUAUUACAAGGUGCACACUGUGCUCCAAUGGGAAAAAAUAACAGGGUACAAAGCAUGCCCACGGCUCCAUCCUGGUUGAUGAAAUACAAGUGUCUUUUGUUGUUCUCACAGGACACAGAUGUGUUUUUUUUAAACUCCAGCAUGAGAGUCCUGAAAAGCCCAUUCAGAUUUUUCAUCUAGUGUCAGUAUAAAGGCGAGACUUUUAGUAUCUGUUCUGUCAUUUUCCCACAGGAUCUUGUCAGAAAAGGGGUCCCACACCACUUUCGGGCCAUUGUGUGGCAGCUGUUAUGUAACGCCCAGAAUAUGCCCAUCAAAGAUCAAUACUCCGAGCUCCUGAAGAUGACCUCCCCCUGCGAGAAGCUGAUUCGCAGAGACAUCGCACGCACAUACCCUGAACAUGAAUUCUUCAAGGAGAAAGACAGUCUGGGUCAGGAAGUACUCUUUAACGUCAUGAAGGUAAGACUGAGGAGUUAGAGAUAAACUGAUCAUCAUCAUCAUGUUUACAGAUAACCUAAAGAAGUAAAGGUAAAUAAAGGUCAUCCCUCUUUUCUCAGGCAUAUUCUCUGGUUGACCGCGAGGUCGGUUACUGUCAAGGGAGUGCUUUUAUUGUGGGACUGCUACUCAUGCAGGUAAUAACCCCGUCUUCACCCCUUCAGUUGCACACAAACAUUUAUUCAGAGAGUGGUGUCACACGGUGAGGUGUUUGACUUCAUCCUGUUACUUUUCUAGAUGCCAGAGGAGGAGGCGUUCUGUGUGUUUGUGAAGUUGAUGCAGGAUUACAGAUUACGGGAGCUCUUCAAACCCAGUAUGGCUGAGCUGGGACUCUGCAUGUAUCAGUUUGAGUGCAUGAUUCAGGUAAACACCUCACACUUCAAAUGAAGCGGGAAUUAUACUUAAACUGCACUGCAGCCUGAUGAAUAUUUACACAGACACAUAACAACCUGUUGCAGUGAAGCACAUUACAGCAGUGACUGGUCUGUUCUGCACUGUCAUACUGAAAAUACUGAAAAAGUAGGACACAGUGCUUGAGGCCGGAUUGUAGCAAGGUAUUAUGCAUGUGCAGUAAUUUGAGAAAGGGUAACUCUAGCAUCUCGAAUGUGACCCUAACCUAGUUGCGUGGAAAUCUUACCAACUAACUCUUUGCCAGUGUGAUUCCUGAGCAGUCCAAACACACUAAAUAUUAAUGCUCAUGGGUAUAAAUGAGACUCAGCACUGCUAUAGGGACUGUUGACACAGAGUCAAAGUGUAGUCAUGCAAAGCUGUCAUGGUGUAAAUCCAUAUGAUCUCUAAACUUGCAGGAGCAGCUCCCAGAUCUGCACAUGCACUUCCAGGCUCAGAGCUUUCACACAUCCAUGUACGCCUCCUCAUGGUUCCUCACCAUCUUCCUCACCUCCUUCCCUCUGCCCGUUGCCACAAGGAUCUUUGACAUUUUCAUGUGUGAGGUCAGUAAAAAGAAAUUGUUUUCUUUUGGAGGAUAUUUUUCUUUUUCAAUCACUGUCAGCCUGUCACCCAAUUUACUUCUCUUGCAGUUUACUAUGAAAUCUCUGAGGCAUUUUUAACGUUCAGUCUCUUUGACUCUCGAAUGUUUGUUAUCCAGCAGUUGAACAUUAUCUGCUGAUAAACCUACUUCACAGUGACCACAGGCUUCAAUAAAGUUGUGUCAAAAACAGAUGUGAAACCCGAAAGAGGAACAUCAAGCCCUGCGUUCAUGCCAAGUGAUUUCCCUCCCAAGAUAUAUGGUUCACAUUUGUUCUAGAUUUACUGGUCAUGGAAAUGUGAUCCAUUAGCUCCACCUGCUGGAGAGUACACAAAUGUCAGAGUUCAACCUUCGUUAUUAUAGAGUAUCUCUCCUUGAGAACAUUUGUAAUAAAUUCUGAACUCUCAAACGUUUUAAAAACGUUUUGUCUACUGUAAACCAAACUGUGAUUUCAAGUUGAUACAACCCCCCUCCUCCAGGGUCUGGAGAUAGUUUUCCGUGUGGGACUUGCCAUCCUCCAGAUGAACCAGGCUGAACUCAUCCAGCUGGACAUGGAGGGAAUGUUACAGGUACAUCUUCACAACCGUUACAUAACUUUAAAGAGCUCAGAUUUCUGGUGCUAAAUACACAGCACCCUCUUGGGAGGAACCUUCACCACACCCAGAUAAUUGAUACCUGCCCUCCUUAAGUGAACCUGUGUAAAUGCCGGCAUGUGAUGUGGUGCUUUUAGGUCAAAGAAACACCUGACUAAGACAUGAGAGUUAUUCAAGGGUGUGUGGCACUUAUCCUGCCUCUCUUUUCUCCACCUCUAGCACUUUCAGAGGGUCAUCCCACAUCAGCUUGACAGUGGACCAGAUAAGGUCAUUCAGGCUGCUUAUCAGGUUAAAUACAACGCCAAGAAGAUGAAAAAGUAAGAACUACUCUCCUCAUUUGCUGCUCUUUUUACACUACACCCAUCCCAAUUCUGCUUGACCCUUCCUGCAUUACAGUCAAAGCUCCCUGUUGCUUGUCUGUGACAGAUUUCAUGUGUGUACAAACCGGUCAACACCUGCACUGGGAGUUAUUGUCCUGGCCAUUUUAAGUGGAUUACAUUUCUCUUCAGUUAAUUUGAUCUUGCUUAAUGGGCUCUCUCAGUAGGCGCUAAAGAAAGCAGGAUACAGCUGCUGGGUGGAGUUGUUGAGAGAAGACAGAUUUCAGCAGAUUAUGAGGUUUUAAAAACAAAUCUAAAUACAAAAGCAGAAUUCUGAUGGUUUGAUGAGGUCAAAGCAGUCAGAGCGAGCACUGAGGUCUUAGAUCUAGAUACACUCUUUCUGUGUAUCCUCAUAAAAGCCACCAAAGUGAACAGAACUGUAAGCUAAAACUGGUACCUCUGAUAGUCAAAGUUGAUCAGAGAACAUGUUUUUUUUUUCUCUUAUGGUCAUCUUAAAUGUAGGAACACACAUUUCAUCAUCCAUCCACUCAUCUGACAUGAAUUCACACCGUUUGAUAAUGUUAGUAAUACAAAAAAAAUACUGUAAUAAAUGUAAAUUAACCCAUUAUCAUCCUUUGCACUCCAAACCAUAGCUAUGCUCUCAUACACAGACUUUAAAAUCCAACAUUUCUUCAAUUAACGUAAAAUAUGAAACUGAGUAUGAAAAGAAUCAAAUAAUCCCUCCCAAGUCUCUGCCAGUAUGGGGAUCUCUCUUAAUGACUGCUGUACAUCAAACUAACAGUGUAGUAUACUCGAGCUGCACACAGAGGACCUUACAUUUAUACAAACAUUCAAGUAAGUGCUCCAAAGCUCUUUGAAUUUCCCUUUUGAUCUUUGAAGUAAGUGUCUGACUCUCUUAAGUUUAAAGCAGAACAUACGGUUAAGGUCAGGACUUUGUGUCCUCUGGCAAUCAACAAUAUUUUCUCUCUUACAAGGCCAAACUGAGCAACCGUGGGAUCUGAGACGGUCUAACAUAUGUUAUCUGUGAUGGUGUUUGAAAUCCAUCUGUCCAACACUUGUAGAGGCUGGGGCAGAGUCCAUACAAAUGAAGUGUUUACCCGUUUUCUAUGUUUUUCUCCAGGCUAGAGAAAGAAUACACUACAAUCAAAACUAAAGAGAUGGAGGAGCAGGUGGAGAUUAAGGUGGGUGCAGACUGCUGAGUGUUCAGAGACUUUGGUCCCAGAGACUCUGCUCUGCUUUGUUAGUUGAAUGUGAUUGUAAUUGUCUGUCUUACAGAGGCUGCGCACAGAGAACCGGCUCCUGAAGCAGAGGAUUGACACACUAGAGAAAGUGAGUGCAUCAGUGUUUGUCAGGGGAGCUCCACCAAACAACAAACAAAGCUCCUCACUCAUCAGCAUUACAUUAACCCAUCCAGCCGUGUAUGCUCAUACAUCAUGCAUCUCCUCAUAAUCACAAUGAUGGAGUCUUCUUGUCUUUCACUAACUGAGCUGGGAUCACUGAAAGACCCCCAUCUGCAGAGUAAACUGCCAUGGCUUCACUGCUCUGUUUCGGGGAGUUUCUGACUUGAUGUCUCAGUGACUCUCUGCGUGGCUUGAAUAACUGAAGUGAAUUUUCAGAAUUCACCAGCAGGACACACUUAGUGAGGCAAUGAGGAUAACAAGCCUGUUUGGAGUGUGAAAGCGGCUUCUUAAUGCUGUUCAAGCUGAUACAAAGCACUGCAUGCCCAGGUGUACCAUUGUAUCACUCUGCACCCUUUUAAGUGUCUUUUUGACAUGACUGACUCCAGGUUAAUACAACAUGCAUGAGGUCUGCCAUGGAAAAGUUCAGGGUGUUUGGUACUCCUUGUUGCCUACAGGGAGGAACACUGUGGUCUAAUCCAACUGUUACUGAAAACCUUGCGCUGAAAUGCUGCUGCUCUGUCACCAAACCUGGAAGAACUUUUUAACUCUUUCUAACCUUCGUACAAAGCUUGUAUGAACUGACUCAACUACUGUAGAGCCCUAAAUUUCAACUUCACAGCACACAGCUCCUCACUUUUAGUGUGCAUUUUUUGCUUCUUCCUUUCUGAAACCUGUCAUUGUGCUCCUGCACCGCUUGAUUUUUUUCACUUUGUCACAAGCUUAUUUGCACCUUUUUCUCCCUUACCUGCAUGCAAUGUUCUUUUUCUACCUCUGAAUAUAAACAGCAUUGUGCUAUCUGUUAAAAAAGGGAAAACGAACAUUGCAUUUCUCUCUAAAAAACAAUCAAUUGUUCUUGUGUGUGCCUUAAACUGUCCUCUGGAUUGUCUCUCUCUCUGCUGUCUCUUGUGGAUAUUUCUGUUUUGUAGGAAAGUGCUUCCUUGGCAGAUAGAUUGAUCCAGGUAUAUCCCCUUUUUUUCUCUUCACCCUUGUUUUGUAAUGUUACAUCUUCUUUUUCCUUUCUCUUCUUUAUAGCUUGCAUGCUUAUGAUUAGAAGAAACAAUAAUAGUACAAAAUCUAUUGAACCCUGUUGAUUCUCUGGAUAAAACACCACACCAACACAAUAAAUGCUAACAGUAUUUAAUAAGUGCAUGACGUACCACAUUGUGCCAGAGGAAAUCACAAAUCAAAGUGAAAAUGCUAAAGACUUGGAGAGUAAAUCUAAGUUAACCAAGCAUGUCCAUAGACAACCCAAUCCCCCCUUCUUCAUCUCUGAUUUGCUCCCAUCUCGUCUUUGCGUUCCACUUCUUCUCGUGCUCACUUCACCCCUCGGUUGGUUAUGUCCCAAGGGACAAGUGACUCGAGCUCAGGAGGCAGAGGAGAACUACCUGGUCAAACGGGAGCUGGCCACAGUCAAACAGCAGAGCGAGGAGGCCAAUGCUCAGCUGGAGCAGGCCAAGAAAACCAUCGAGCAGCUUCAGCAGCAACAACAACCGCAGCAGCAGCCAAACGCGGUAAGGAGGACCACAGAGUCUCCAGAGUAUGGCAGGUUCACUGGCUCAGAUCCUGCCUGGUCUUUGACAGGUACUGGGGCUCGGAGAAUGCUUCCCAGGAUAUUGGACCUUUUCCAAAUCAUGCUGUGUGCAUGGUCCUGUCAAAAACAUAGAUCCAGACAUGUAGGUUUUUGCCUCUCAACAAAACCCAGACAGUGGGUUAGUUAGAGUGGCUUUUCUCACUUUGCACCUCAGCGCCUGGUAAUGAUCGAUUUGGCAUGCAUGAAUUCAAAUUAGAACAUGGAGUACUACACAGUUCAGACCCCAUCUCCAGUCUUCCCUCUGCAUACUGAGAAAUGCAUUCAUGAAUUUAUGAGCAGUUGUCUUCCAGGCUGGUGGAUUUCACACAUUGCUCCCUGUUCACAUGCUGCAUAUCUAUUCACCGAACAAACUGAAUUAUUGAUGCUUGGAUUCCUGAUGAUGAUGAUGAUGAUGCAUAUGCAUUUCCGUGUUUUACAUAAUUUGCUGUCUUGCUUCACAAUGAGUAGUCAUUCAUUAUUUACUGAUGUGAAGGUGAACGGCAAAAGAGUUGAUGUCAGCUGAAAUGAAGGCUUGUUUUUUGAAUGAGGAGUUUGUGGUGCUGACUUGAUUUUGGAUUCUUGAGACUGAAUAGGGGUUAUAACCAGGGAAUAAAGCACAUUUGAAGCUUAAUAGAAAAUGUUGCUUUAAGUAAAUUUACAGUUAUCUGACUAUAACUUUUUCAAGUGUUCAAACAUUUUUUUGAACAUCAUCUCAAGCAGUUAGAGUCAGACCACCUGCUCAGCUGUGAAGCUCUCCCUCUUUUGCACACACUUGUUCUGCUGGUCGAGCGGCUAAUGACGGCAUUUAAGUCACCAUUUAGCUGCAUCUCAACAAUCAGAAUAGCAGGGCUAGCAGGGCUCUUUAUUUUCCUGCUACAUAAGAAAGUGAUCAUUGGUAAAGGAGCCCCAACAAAAAGUGAAGUGUGUAAGUAAACAGAUUUUUCAGAGGCUGAACAUUUCUGGGUCUAAAAUGUGUUUGUUUUGAUUCCACAUCUGCAUAGUGUAGUGGUUAGCACUGUUACCUUGGAGCAAAAAGGUUCCCUCUUUUAAUACCUUGCUUAAGAUGUGCUCCUCAGAGCUCUAAUAUCCUCCCCAUGCAUGUGUGGGGUCUCUUUUUGGACUCUGGCUCCUUCCACAGGCCAAAAACCUGUUCAGUGGGUAAACUGAUCAGUUUAAAGGUGCUUUUAGAUGAAAAAAAAAAGCACCCAGGACUUUUUAGUUACUUGCAAAUCUUUUGAUUGGAGUUGCUGCUGAUUUUUUUUUCUUUUUGUCAAAGUGGUUAUAGAUCACAUCGGCAGCAGGUAAGCUGUACUGAUUUUAAAGUGAGGUCAGGUGACUGAAAAUAUGAGCUCUUGUACUGUUGUCCUUUGGUGCCUUUUCUCCAUCUCUGGGCUCAGCUGGACUCUCAGUGUAAAUUGUACUCCAGCACACAGAAAAUGAUGGAUUUGUAAUAGACAAACCCAGCCUAGCUUUAGAGUUCUGGUUUACAUUGCUGAAAAUCCUUAUUUGUUUUCCAUGAAGACAGUAUUGGAGACAUGGGUACAUGCAGACUACCCCACUCAUUUACUUACUCAGACUUGUUUUUUCUGUAGAAGGGAGCCCCUCGAUACUCUGAGGAGUCAGUCCUGCAGCUGGAGAGGGAGCUGGUGCAGGCCAGGCUGAAGGAGGCCGAGUCUCAGUGUGCCCUCAAAGAGAUGCAGGACAAGAUCCUGGAUAUGGAAAAGGUGUGCUAUCACGAACAUUAUUUCUACUUUUAUACCAGCACAUUAUCUCAUGUUGAAAUACUUUCUAAACAGUUAAAUCCUUCACACUUUCUUUAGCGAAAUACGUCUCUGCCGGAUGACACCAAUGUGGCUCGUCUCCAAGAAGAGCUGAUAGGGGUGAAGCUGAGAGAGGCUGAGGCUCUCACCGGCCUCAAAGAGCUGAGACAGCAAGUCAGAGACCUGGAAGAGCACUGGCAGGUGUGUAGCAACAUUGAACAAUUGAAUCAGUGCGUCUUUAUUAGUGCUGGACAAGUCCAAACAGAAAAGGUGACUGACUUACAACUGUCCUCAGCGUCACUUGGCACGCACAGCAGGACGCUGGAAGGACAGUCCAAAGAAGAACACCCUGAGCGAGCUGCAGGAUGAGCUGAUGAGUGUGAGGCUACGAGAGGCGGAGGCCCAGGCGGAGCUGAGAGAGACACGGCAGAGGAUGCUGGAGCUAGAAACACAGGUCAGAAGACCCCAAAUGUUAGAUCAACCAGAGCCGACGGAUAAACUUCUCAGAUUCUCAUCCUUUUCCCUAUCAAUGGCAUCAAUCUUAAAAACCAACAGCAUACUCUACUGUUGUCUCUUCAGUAGGUGAACUAGCUUUUGAAUGCGUGUAGUCACUUACUAACAGAAAGCAAAACAAGUGAGUUCUCUACCUGUACUGUCACCUUAUAUCCUUCAGAGGGCAGCAGUUAUCUGUACCAAUCAACUAGAAACAUGAGCGUGAAGCAGCUCAAGCACCACUUGUCAUCUGGUUUUGACUCUGCUGUUUUUCAAGUGAUUGAUCUGAACAUUCUUGAAAGAAAAAGCUUUGUGACUGAUUUUUUUUGAUUCCCCCCCCCCCUCAAUUUGUCACCUGUGCUCAAACAGAACCAGAUUCACAGUAACCAGCUACGACGGGCAGAACAGGAGAGUCGAUGUCUGCAGGAGUGCGUGCAAACACUGACGCUGCAAAACAAAGACCUGCAUGCGCAACUACAAGAGAUCAAGCGAAGACAAGCUGAGAUUGAAUGCAAGGUACAACUCUGCUGCUCAUAAGCUAAAACCUGCAACAUGAAGCAUUAUGCACACAGGAAGAAACAGAGCCGGUCUAAAUAUGUUCAAAAUUUUUAACCCCACCCCUACCUCGCCUUGUCUGCAAGACACUAAACACUAGCAAAUCUAAAAAAAAAAAAUGUUUACAACUCUUCUUUCUUCAAACUGGGCAUCAUUUGGUCCCUGGCUCAUUUUUUCUUUGUCUAGAGUAAAGAAGAGGUGAUGGCCGUGAGACUACGGGAGGCUGACAACAUCGCUGCCAUGGCUGAACUCCAGCAGCAGAUCUCAGAGCUCGAAAUUCAGGUAAAGUCCCGACACACACUCCUCACUAUGUUUGUUAGUCACCCCACCCCCCACCCCCCCUGCUGCAUCAAACUUGCCAUUUCCACAACUCCUUCGCAAACCACAUGAAACAUAUUGAAGCCUUCCUCAGACAGAGAGACUGUGCAUUCAUGAAUGUGUGUCUCUGGUGUAUUGCUAAUUUAAAAAGCUGUGUAAGUCAGCUCUUGGCGUGUGAAGAGAAAAACAGACCAGCGUGAACCUAAUCUACUAAAAUUGUUCAAAUGAAGAUUUUAUUUUCAUUGUGUGGAAACAGAGAAUUUCAAGGGUUGAAAUUCAAAGAUUUCAAAUGAAGUGUGAUCCAAUAUGAAGGGGGUCAGAGGUGGUGGGGGAAAUAAAUGGCAUCACAGACUUGAGUUCACCAGUCUGAAAAUCUUGACAGAAGACUGAAUCUGAAAGUCACUGACAUGUGGUUUGGUUAUGUUGCCACAGAGACGCCAACGGCAUUAUCAUCCAAUCAAAUCAAACCCACACUGCCUCAGAGACAGAGAUUUGCUGAGUUAGUUCCUUUUUAGAAAAAAAUACAAUCUGUUGUUUAUACAGACAUUAAUUCACGAUUUCAGGUUUAAGGUGCUUUAAGGUGCAGACUGACAAAUAGACAAAGAGCAGAGAAGAGGUUUAGAAAGUGUUGCAGAGUUGCAAAAUCUUAACUGCAAAAUCAUUCAAGUUGUAUAUAAAACCCUAAAUCUGCUGAAUCGUACACGCCUGCUGCUUGUAACCAUGUCACACCAUUAGCGUAAUUUUGGUAUAGCCCUGCUUUAUAGGACACUUUUACUGGGAAGUGUGGAACUUUGCAACCAAAUCAGCUCCUCAGAACGGAGAACAUUUAUAGAAGAUAUCACAUGCCAUUUGCUUGAUCUAUGUAGCCAGGUCUCUUGAGCUUUUGCAUCAGGCUACAUAAUGAAUGGAAGCAUAUUUUAUGGCCAGGCAGUUUGCUUUUGCAUUAAGUACUGUUUAUAAUGUCAUCAAGACAAAUUUCCCGCAAAUCUCUAAUAUGUAUAAAAUUUCAGUUCAAUUAUGCACAAUGUUGUCUUAUUCUUAACAUUAUCUUGCUCAGUAGCUACAAUCGAAGGACGAUUGUGAGGGGGAAAAAAAGAAGUUAGGUAUGCUUUAAUGAAACAGUGUAUAAAUCCAGCGCCACUGUAAACUAGUCUCAACAGGUAAGCAGAAAGAAACCUGUAUUUAUCCCCAAACAAAUUUAACGCUACACAAAACAAGGGUGACCAAAACAAAUACAGGCCUAUUCUCUCUCUGCCAAAACUUAGCAGUUCUGAUUGAAGAGAGAUUAUCUAUGAACAGAUCAUUAGGCGAGUAAGGCCCAUUCAUUUGCUCAGCACUUGAAAACUUGCACUUUAUACACAAGUUAAGUUGGCAUCUGAAGUCUUACUGGCACAGUAUCAGCUGAUAAUGUGACGUAUUCAGAAUGUGCAUGUGAUGACAGUUUCAAUGCACCAACAACAAGCAUCAACAUGUAGGAGUAUUUUUAGUAUCAAAAACGGACAAUAGUCUUUAUGAUAGAGUCGAAUACUGGUGUCUGUGUUUAAAACAAAACGACUGUCACAAGCAGAGGAACAGCUAAAGUCUAUACAGACAAGAAAAAAGAAAAAUUGUGUUUUUGUAUUGUUCUUGGAUUUAAAAAAAGAAGAUAAAUAAACACCCGAUAAAUAAAGAGUUAGGCUGUACCAUGUUACUGACAGUGAGUAAAUAAAUCUGUGAAACUCCGGAUCCUGUCUGUCAUGGUGCACUGCGGUUCCUAACAGGCUGUAAACUCCUCACACAUCAUUGACUUGGACAUAGACUUUUGCCUUUGUACCAUUUCAUGAAUAAAUCAAUGCUUGGACUGCUGCUCAUGUAUUCAUUCCUGUACGUGUAAAUCUAAAAUACACGCAGCAGGCCUCUGUGUGUAUCUUAGAUUGAAUCAUUCCUCUUUGAUUCAGUUCUGGUGAAGCAGCUCAGAUUAACUCAUAUUUGAGUUACUCAACAGAUCUAGUUUUCUCAAUAAUGAGUGAGUAAGUGUUUGAACCAUUUUUGAUCAAGAGUGAACUUACCAGAACUGCGCUUGAGUUUCAGAGAAUAUCACUUAAAAAGAUCAAGUUUGAUCAAGAGUGUCAAGGCAGUGAUUGUAUCAUAAUUCCCUCACUUCCUAUCAGUGCUCUGCAGACCCAUGAUAAGUGUCACUUCCUCUUUUCAAGUUAUACUGUAGUUUCAUUACACGGAUGAAGUUUUAGAGCUCUAAAUUUUUUAUAAACUGUAUAUGCCAUUGUGUUUUUUCAUAUCCUUCUUAUCUGUAUCAGACUGAUGACCACUGUUUUACUUGUGAGCUGUUUGGGUAAUCUGCUAAAAAAAGAGAGAGAGCAAGGGAGAACAGCCAGCAUUUUCUUCGUAGAGAUAAACAAUGUAGCCUUGUUUUUGUCAGCAUGUAAGAGUCUGGGGUGAAACAGGUACAAUAUUGAAUGCCAUGGCAACAGUGCUCACAGAACAAUAAACAAUGGUAUCAUCUGCAUAGAGAUGUACAGAAACAUCAACAUUUACAUAUAUGGUAAAGACUGGAUCUGCAGACUGAACCUUGUGGCACACAAGGUACUGUAUACAAAGGUGGUAUACAAAAGUGGUUGUACAAGAAUGCAACAAAGGAAACACCUUUUUUUUCUUCAAAAUUUAAAACCUUCCUGAAAAUUUUUUUCUGUUGUGUUGAAAAUAUGAUAGAUUUCCAAAGUGCAUUAAAAAAGAUCAAAGAUUACAUUAUUAAAGAUUAAGUUACUGCUGCAAUGCACACGACCUCUGCAUGGUCCUCACUCCAGCUUUGUUUUCAUUGCAUUACAUUGCUGCAAAUUUUACAGAACUUAUCAUUUUCAAGUGACUCAAACAGCCAAAAAUGUGACCCUGAUUAGUUAUUGAACAUGAAUAUGCUGGUGAGCAAAAGUAGCUCAAAAUCAACCCUGCCAAUUCUGAAGAAAGUCUCCAAAAGCUCUAAGUAACCCUAACCCAGCGCUAUAGUAAGUCUGCAACAUUAUAAGGAACUCUUUCAACUAAAAUAUUGCAUUGAAAGAAAAAAUAGCACUUAAGUUGUAAUAAUAAACUGUAAAAGCGAUUGUAAGUGAGCAUGAAUAGUUCAUAUUUUAGUGUUUAUAGUCAGCAUAUAUUAGCUGGAGAUAAAGAUUAAACUAGUGUUAAAUGCCUGUGUGAUAUGAGUAAACAUGGAAGCAAAUAAUCAUGAGUAUAUGUAUAUGAGUAGAUGACAUCAUUUGUAACUCUUCCAGUAAAGCAGGAUGAGGUGUGACAUUGAUGAUGAAGCACAACGAAGCCACAUAAAGUCGUAGACUAUUAUUGUCAUAAGUUAUGAGAAUACAUAUAAAUAUACACUCACCGGCCACUUUAUUAGGUACACCAUGCUAGUAACGGGUUGGACCCCCUUUUGCCUUCAGAACUGCCUCAAUUCUUCGUGGCAUAGAUUCAACAAGGUGCUGGAAGCAUUCCUCAGAGAGCUUGGUCCAUAUUGACAUGAUGGCAUCACACAGUUGCUGCAGAUUUGUCGGCUGCACAUCCAUGAUGCGAAUCUCCCGUUCCACCACAUCCCAAAGAUGCUCUAUUGGAUUGAGAUCUGGUGACUGUGGAGGCCAUUUGAGUACAGUGAACUCAUUGUCAUGUUCAAGAAACCAGUCUGAGAUGAUUCCAGCUUUAUGACAUGGCGCAUUGUCCUGCUGAAAGUAGCCAUCAGAAGUUGGGUACAUUGUGGUCAUAAAGGGAUGGACAUGGUCAGCAACAAUACUCAGGUAGGCUGUGGCGUUGCAACGAUGCUCAAUUGGUACCAAGGGGCCCAAAGAGUGCCAAGAAAAUAUUCCCCACACCAUGACACCACCGCCACCAGCCUGAACCGUUGAUACAAGGCAGGAUGGAUCCAUGCUUUCAUGUUGUUGACGCCAAAUUCUGACCCUACCAUCCGAAUGUCGCAGCAGAAAUCGAGACUCAUCAGACCAGGCAACGUUUUUCCAAUCUUCUAUUGUCCAAUUUCGAUGAGCUUGUGCAAAUUGUAGCCUCAGUUUCCUGUUCUUAGCUGAAAGGAGUGGCACCCGGUGUGGUCUUCUGCUGCUGUAGCCCAUCUGCCUCAAAGUUCGACGUACUGUGCGUUCAGAGAUGCUCUUCUGCCUACCUUGGUUGUAACGGGUGGUUAUUUGAGUCACUGUUGCCUUUCUAUCAGCUCGAACCAGUCUGGCCAUUCUCCUCUGACCUCUGGCAUCAACAAGGCAUUUCCGCCCACAGAACUGCCGCUCACUGGAUAUUUUUUCUUUUUCGGACCAUUCUCUGUAAACCCUAGAGAUGGUUGUGCGUGAAAAUCCCAGUAGAUCAGCAGUUUCUGAAAUACUCAGACCAGCCCUUCUGGCACCAACAACCAUGCCACGUUCAAAGUCACUCAAAUCACCUUUCUUCCCCAUACUGAUGCUCGGUUUGAACUGCAGGAGAUUGUCUUGACCAUGUCUACAUGCCUAAAUGCACUAAGUUGCCGCCAUGUGAUUGGCUGAUUAGAAAUUAAGUGUUAACGAGCAGUUGGACAGGUGUACCUAAUAAAGUGGCCGGUGAGUGUAUAUAUAUAUACACACACACACACACACACACACACACACACACACAUUAGUUGAUGCCACAUUUCAGUUCACAUUUGCUGACAAAUCCAGCACUUCAAAAUGAAUUGAAACUGUCCUCAUGAGGCCAACAAAGAGCACACUAAAUUUGCAUAGAGUGCUUAUAGAUACUGAGGAGGGGUAGUUUAGCUUGAGAUGUUUAAGCUGAGGCCUGGACUAUUUAUAAGAGUGACACCUACAGCUACACACACACACACACAUACACAUAAACACACAAUCACACAGUGUGGUCUGAGGUUUUGUUACUAAGUGAUAGAGCCAAAACAUGCAACACCAGAAAUUUACCACUACCGCCCCCGUACUCUUCAGAAUCUGCACAGUGAAGUCGCAGUGAAGUGUAUCAAUAACAAGCAAAAGCCACAUAUGGUUACUUUCUCAACACUUUUUCAUGACCUUAUAAUGGGUUUUUUAAAAAUGUGUUGACAGAAUAUUUUCCGUCAUGACCAGGUUAAAGAGUCAAACCUGUAAAAUCACUGUGCUAGCUAUGACUUUCUGGUCUGUGGUUUGGUUAGUUCUCCAUGAGUUGUGGGUAAAAUGGGCUCACUCACUUGCAAGAAAAUUUUAAAAACCAGUUUCUUGCUCUGUUUUGGAUCGCAUUAAACACUUUGGUGUCAACAGUUUUCAGUUAGCUUUAGGAUGUAUGAGAUAAUUGUUUAUCAGAUAAGCUCCGACUCACUGUAGUUACUGAGAGUUAAAAUCCAUGCAGAGGUUCAUGUAGAUACAUCAAAUACUCAAACAUAAAGGAAAUGUGCACCUCUAUGUGCUUCCAAAACUUGAGGUAUGAAAAACUACAGAUCUGAAUUAUUGCUAACAAACACUCAGUAACCAUGGGAAACCUUUGUCAACUUUUUAAACUAAGCCUUUCAAACAGAAGCUUUGCAUUCGUUCACUUUCACAGAUAUGACUCUCUUUUUAAUGCCACAGCAGUCAUGUCUCUGCGCUGGUAGGAAGUGGUUUCUCAUUUUGAAGCUGACUCUACCAAAGGUGACAUGCAUGGUUUAUUUUGAGGUUUCUCUCUCAUGCUCAGAGAUUUAUACAAAAUGUUGUAGCCUGUUAGUUUUUUCCCUCCAAUUGCAUGUUUAAUAAGGGGGUUAUGUAUCUGCAUCAUUGAUCAUACACGGUGAAUGCAUACUUCUGCAUACAUUAGAACUAAAGGCAGACUUUUUUUGAGCCCAAUAUUUUCAGUCAAAAGUGUUUCCACCCGUGUCUUACAGCUAAUCGAUGAAUUAAAAGUUGAAAUAUUGAAAAAGGGACAGUCCUCGUUUCAGCAAAUUUUGCAUUUAUCUAACCACUGUAGUGGAUACCUAUCCACUGUGUCUGUGACUUGUGUGUCUUUGUGUAAUAGAGCUGUGUGUCUAAUCAUGUGUAUGUCUUUAGUUUUUUUAUAAGUUAUACAUUACUGAAGAAGAAGUGUUUUCACGUGUGUAAGUAAACUAAAUAAGCUGUUCUCACCUCAACAGUUAGUCUUUAUUGGUAAGCCUCUGACAGUCUCAGUGUAGCGGGUGGAUCUGUCCACUCUAGUGUAACAUUUAGCCACAACUAUGAUCUGUUCUUAAGUCUUACCAAGAAGGUUUGGUGUCCUAACAUCACUAACAUGUAGGGAUAUUGUCACGUCAAUAAGUCACAUAUAAAAAUAAGAUGAUAUCUAGGCCUACAGAGUAAAAGUCUGUAAAUCUAUUACACUGAUAUCAGGAUAUAGACUGGUCAGCCAUAACAGUACAGACACUCUCCUGUCCACCAGAAUUCGGUUAUUCGGUUGAUCCGGAAAAAUUGAUUCACAUUUGCUUCAGCUUUUGAACUUUGAAGAGCAAAGAUUCACUUCCUGCCCAACAUUACUGGGAUUUUUAUUUCAAAUGUUAGACAAACAGCUGCUCAGCUCACGCAGUCAGUACAGUUUACACAAUGACCCGGGUGAACUCUUCUGAUUGAACUGCCACUGUGUUUUAUUCCUCUUCUGUUGAAGCUUAAAAAAGUUGCUGUAUGUGUAUAUAAGACAUGUUUGCAAAACAAUUGACACCUGUUGAUUCACACAGCUGAACACAAGGAAGUCUCACUAACUGCCUCUGGUCCAUUUGUUGUUGAGCUGUUUUAAAGCUGCAAAACCUCAAAAACAACCGAUUCUUGGAAUAAUCGCACAUUUUAGGCUCCUCCUUUUAAAAAAGGUCUAUAGAGAGCUGUCGUAUUCAACUCCACCUUACCACAGAAAUCAGAAACACUGUGGGUAUUUUGGGGUGUAAGCCAGUCAGAAAAGCACUCAGUUAUCACCUCUCAGUAACGCUUUGGUGCUGUUUACAACAGCUUCCCUUUUUUGACUCGGAGUUCCUCUGCCGCAGCCUGUGGUUUGAACCCAUGUGUGUGCUCCUUGCUGGUUUUUAUGUAGACCUGGCGGGUUAUAGUUUUAAACACACAUAUGAUUGUCUCCAGAGGGGUUUGCCAAGGCAAGUAAACAUCAGUAGGCUGUUUAACUGUUAAAAGUACCUACCGGCCUCAUCCCCAGGGCCCCAGGAGGAAAUCAAGCACAAAUGAUACUGUUUUGUGUUCCUCCUUGACAUCUGUCACUUGAGUCUCCUGCUGCACAAGAAGUGCACUUUGUACUGCUUCUCUUAUGGCAGCAGGGCACUGAUAUCUGCUGCUGUUUUCUCUCUGCAGCAGCUCAGCUGUUCUGGGACUUAUUUUUUUAUGCAUCCCCUUUGGAAAUAUUUUUCAGCCAAGUCCCCAACAUUCACAAAAACAGUACUGCUUGGGAAACACCUCAUAUGCAGGGGCACAGAAUAGAGAGUCUCUGGCUUCUUUUGAUUAAAUCUUGCAAUAAUUCAUGUUUCUCAGUUGGCUUCAUUUAACUACUGUUUAAGUUUUCUUUGCCAUAAAGCACAAGGGAAGAUUUUUAUCAUUUUUUUGGUCAGUCCUUGAAAAUACAUUAACACGGUUUUCAUUGGCUCUGUUUUUGCUUCCUCUAUCCUCCAAGUUUUUAUUUGCCUUUGCCCUUACUGUUCAAAAAUCCCUCUUUGAUGUUAUUACCUCUGUUGCUGUAGUUGAGAGUUGAAGUCUGUUUAAGCUCAGUUUAAGGUACAAAACAAGAGUCUACAUUUUAAAAUGUGUAGGUUUGAUGAGACAUAUCUCAGCAACUCUCUUCUUUUAUUGAACCUGUUCUGGUGUCACUAUUUUAGUAAAUGCAUGGAUCUUAUUUAAGACAGUGUUGAACUCAUCGACCAUGUGCAAGUCUCCUCCUGUCCAAAAACACUGCGGCAGGGACAAUCAGUUCAAAUACCUGCGAAAUUGCAGAUGUUGUGGACAUGCCCAACUUUUUUUUUUACCCAUCUCAGUAUUUCAAAGGUGUUGUUAUCAGCUCUGAUUUGUUUUUUUGCAUGUCUCAUCACAUCAACAGAAAGAAGAAGGAAAGGUCCAAGGCCAGCUGAACCACACAGACUCCAGUCAGUACAUCCGCGACCUCAAAGACCAGAUAGCAGAGCUAAAGCAUGAGGUGAGAGUUUCAAAACAAGCUGAAGGUCCAUUUGUACUCACACUGCCGUGUUUUGCUGCAGGUUUUUCUCCUGGUACAGAUUUAGAUUUUGUUGUUGUCUUCGCUUUGAUCUCACAUUUCAAAACAUUCGCUCAGAUAUGGUUUUGACUUUGAGCUUACAGAUUGGUGCAAGUGUUAACUACACCCAGAGACUUCCUGUGCGGAGUUGAAACUGCACGUCUUGCAGACAACUUCAUCUUUAGAAGACGAAAGAGGGUUUUUACAGAAGAUAAAUAUUAAAGAAAGGGAUAUCUAGUAUCUGCUAGAAUAUCAUAACUGAAAAAUGUGUAUGAAGCUUGAUAAACAUCAAAGUAAUCAUACCUUUGAAAGCUUACUGGCUUUUGUUCACUGCUGCCUAUCUCACAGCUUCUUAAUGCACCAAAGAGCUGUGUUCUAGAUGAUGCCAGUGUGGCCAUUUGCUUGACGGUCUCAGUGGAUGUCAGUGAGAAGCAAACAAGUCCUUUUAUUGCUGCCUUUUAAACAGAAAACCCUGGAGCUUUUCAUUUUCCGCAAUAAACAAAAAAACCUAACUAUUUUUACAUUAGAGUCUAAUCCCUUUUUCAAAGAACCCAGAGAAAUGUAGAGUCUGCAUUUCACUUCUCUGCAAACAUGCACGUCAUGCAGUGGCUGCAACAAGUACAGUGUUGUGUACAUAAGAGGUUUUUGAGUGCAUGUGUUACCUGUUAGCAGCAGCACUUUGUCUUGGUCCUCUGUCAACAGAGUCCAUGAAUGUUUCCUCUUAGUGACUGCAUCUGCAGCCGAUCUACAUCUGACCCUAUGUCAAUCUCAAAUCUGAUGCAUGGUGUCAAACAUCAGAGUUGAUGAAAUCCUUCGAUCCUCUGCAACAUUCUGGUCAGGGAUGUCACUGUGAAAUUACUGAACUAUUUUCUCACAUUUCUAAACUCUCAAUUUUCAACAUUUGAUGAGUUUUUUCCUUUCUUUUCAAAUAACAUGGGAUUUGAGUAGUUUUCAGUUUUUAUUGACCUUUAGGGGUUUUAGAUUACAAGUAAACAACACAGCUGCAGCAAAGAGAGCGAUACUUGGUAUUAACCUCCAUGCACGUGUUGAAGUCGCUGGAAGAGAGCUGAACAAAGUGUUUCACAAGUAGGAGGGACAGACAAAUGUCUGCUUUUAUUGAUCUGGUGAAUCAUUACCACUAUUUAAUUUUACAGUGAGGAACGCCUACUUCUACUUCUGUAACCUGUACAUAAUUAAAAAAGGAAACCUUAAAAACUCAGAAGGUUAAAGAAAUGAUGUUAGUUCAGGUAAAGACUCAUUUCUCUUCUCUCUCUUUUCUCCCUCAUGGUCAGCUUGAUGUAAGCUGCAACCCUCUGACUCAUACUACCUCUAGUAUCGGCAGUGAGCAAGCUUGAAAGUCAAAAGUGGUUCAUAUGUUGCACCAUCCUCCUCCAUCACAGACUUACAAUCUGCAUCAUAUUGCUGGAAAUGUUGACAGCAGCCUGUCAGGUGUUUUUAAACUUUCCUUUUAGCAUUGAGACAACAGGAAGCCAGAGUGCCUCAUUUAGACAGGUGCAGGUAAACGUAGGCUUUUUCUUGUCAUUGUGUGUGUCGAGUUCUCCGCCUCGCCUCCUAAUGCCUCUCUUCCUACAUGUCUGUCUGUUGAAUGGCAGGCUGACCCAGGUAAGCUGGUACAGAUGUUGCCUUAUGAUCCAAAUGGUUUCCCCCUGACCCCUGUGCAGCCUCCUCCCCACCUUAGUUUAAUUAGCUGUGUGCAAAAGAUAAUACUGAAAGCAUCUAGAGAAAUAAUGCACGUCUCCAUGCCAUUGGUCAAACUUGUUCAUCUACCCUCUUGUUAAACUAAAAUGUAAAAGACAAUGAGUUUAAAUCCGAUCUUAAAAUGGUUUGCCUGAAUUUGUCCUCUUUUUCUGAGUGCAGAAUUAUUGUAUUGCUUGUGGCUGAUUACAAAAAACCUGCAGUGUUACUACAGCUGUAGUAUAUGUUAUUUCCUCCCUUAGACAUACAGAGACAGUGAGUUAUGUACUCGAACCCCUAUUUGGACAAACCACACCAAGGCCAGAUUUCUGCUUUAAUACCAGGGUUUUAUUUUAACAAGAGAAAAGAUCCUGUGCUCAACUUUCACUAGGACACCUAAGGGUCAUCUCUCAUGUCUAAAUGAUGAAGAAUGACAAGAUUUUGUCCCAACUCCAGUCUACAUAAAGUUUUCAAAAUGAUGCUGAUCAUUUUGUUCUCAUAAAAUAGUUUAGAUUGAGAUGCUAACACAAGGCUGAUCUGACUUGUAUGUCGAUAACUCUUCCAGCACUGUCUGUAGCACAUGGAGCAGACCAUUGCACAUCCCACUAUCUUUCCACUGUAAAAAAAAACACACUUGAUUUUUGCUGCUAAAUCUACAGUUUCUGUCCCCCCUUGAAUCUGAAGAUAGAGUUGGUUGUCUUGCUAUAAGAGGGUUGGCUCUUUAAUGCCGUUUGUGCAUCACUGUGGUAUGUGACAGCACUUUGAGCAAUAAGGACUAGAAAAUAGCUAUAUAAGUACAAGCCUUUCUACCAUGACGAGGGUUGUGUAAAUCAGUUUAUACUCACUGGCUUUACGUAGUUUGGAAUUGGGACACAUUUUCUACGUUGUUCCUGUCUGAGUUUCUUUGAAUUGAUGACUGCAACUUUAUUCCAUGAAAAUGAUCUCAUCCUGUCUUGUUGAAACAUCAAACAUGUGACCAAAUUGUGUUGUUCAUGUUAUAUCCUACAGUCUUUGUGUCCAACAUUGAUGUUACAUGUUUGUGUUUGCAUCAUGGCGAUGUAAAAAGAUGGGCAUCGAGUUUCAGCUCCACCAGUUCUGUAAAGGUGAAGCCAAAAUGUCCCUGGGAUAGGGGGUGACAUAUAGCACCACCGACAAAGACUGCACCGGUCUCUGCACAUUAGGAGUAAAGUGAGGAGUCUUUUAAUCAAAGCUGCACUACAUGAGGUUUAUGUCUUUUUUGUUUUGCUAUUUUAUUUUGGUGUGUUUAUUUAUUUUUUAAUUCAGUCAGUCCAUACCCUAAAUUUCCCCAUCGCUGGAUGAAUAAAGCUUCCUUUAUUGGGAUCAGCUGGUGGUCCCACUACAUCAGCUGCGCUUACAUGGGCACAAAAAAUAAGAAUAAUGCUUGAUCAGAAUAAAAAUGCGUCAUAUAAACAUGUCAAUCAUAAGAUUGUGAUCCAAUUCGGCUCAAUAGGAAAGAAAUUGUAUACCGAUAGAGAGAGGUGGUUUAUGCUGCUCGUUAUUCCGAAAUGCGUCUAUCUAAACUCUUAUUCCAAUCAUGACUCUCUUACCUGACUCAGACCUCACCCUUUAUUUAUUGAGGCUAGUACAGGAGGUUCAUUAUUAACACUCUGGCAUAAAACACAACCACAGGUGCUGUGUCUGCUCUUCAGAUAAUAUAACAAGGCGUACGUACAGCGUGAUGAUGUCACAUCUGAACGCACAGUGCAACCUUUGACAGAACAGUAAAAUAAGUCAGCAAGUGCGCCAUCUAGUAACAACGGUUAAAACAGAGGGAAAACUCCUGAAUUGGAUGAAGUGAGCCACAGCAGCAUUUGUUGGUUUGUUGACAACACAGACGUCAAUACAACUCUUCUUUUGUGGUUGGUUUAGCAAAAUCAGACAACUCUGCGCAUGUCUAAAUGCUUCCAAUCUGAAUAAAGCCUGGUGUAUGCACACGUUAUGAUCGGAUUAUUCAAUUUUGUGCCCAUAUAAACAGGGGAUUCAGAUUUUCCAAUCCCUAAAAUUUUUAAUCGGAUCAAGAAAUUUUGCACAUAUAAACAUGGCUAAUGAUGUGCCAUCACCAGCUGAUCAGUAAAACACCAAAAAUCACCACAGCAGAAAAGAUUCUUGUUGGAAAUCAACUCUCACAGUAGAAACAGUUUAAUGAAGGUUCCUUUCACCAGUUGUUCCUCACUCUGUUAAUCAGAUGCUUUCAAAGCUGUUAAUCAGGGUGUUCCACUUAUUUUUAAUUUCAGCAUCAAAUACCCAUUUAUGAGCUGGGUUAUAAUAAGGAAGAAUACUUGGACAUAAAUGUGCCUUAUAGGAUCUAACUUUAGCUUCAGAAAACAUGUAAAAGAAAUGUGUGCUUUGGUUUUAAAAUUUCCCCCCUGCCCCAUUUGUUAACGACCUUUACCACAUCCUGUCAGAAGGGUGAACUCCAGAUGUUUUGGCUUCACCUUUCGAGAGCCAUCAUGAUGUUCAUCUUUCUAGUGUUUGCAUACAGUCUUGAACACUGAAUGAGCAGCUUCUAAUGCUCCUCAUUUUCCUAUUACAGAUUUGCUGCUUAAAAGGACAGAGGGGCUUGGACAAACCACCCACUUUUGACGGAAUCCACAUAGUCAAUCACUAUGUGGGGGAUGACAGGUCUUACCAGUCUUCAGAUGAAGACGGAGGUAAGGAUGCCAUCCUGCAGGACACCCAGCAGAGGAGUGGGAGUCGAAUCAGACUGCGGCCCAACCUUCCAGACACUGACAGUGACGAGGAAGAUGAGGAUGAGGAUGCCCUGCGCCUCUCUGUGCCUCCGAGCAGCAAGUCCACCACCGUGUAAUGAGCAGAUAUGGGACAGAUGCUGACAGCCCCCAGUGAGGAAGAGGAGAUAUUCUCAGCAGCCAUUUCAGAGGAGAAUUUCAGAUCUUAGAGUUCUGAAUUUGAGAAAUCAGAUACAUCAUUUCAUAUCAUGAGAAUCACAGUAACAGACUAAGUUUAUCCUGCUUGAGGGCAGCAAAUACCACUGACCGAGGCAUAUGAUCAGCAUGGACCUCAGCAGAGAAAUCAUUCACCUGGAGCAUGUCAAACUCGACUGGGCCACAAAAACUGGAGAAUAAGAAUGAGGAUGAGGAGGAGGAGCAUCACACUCCUCUGACUCUCUUGACUUGUAGGUACAACAGAGAGAAAGAGAGACUGCGCAAUAAACCUUUUGUGCUACAUCACACACUUCAUCUGACGUGUUUUUAUACUUUUAAGAGCGUUUUAUAAAAGAACAUCUGACAUUUAUUGAUGCCAUUACUAAAAGUCCACCCUGCAGAGACACAUUUAUACAAGUACUGUGUGUGUAUAUAUAUACAUAUAUAAAUAUAUCUAUUGUCUCGAUGAGCAUGUCCAGAGGCUGCCAUCGAAGCUGCUUUUGUCCUCCAGCGAUGACUUUUUGGCCUUAUCACACGACACAUGGCUUCAUGCCAGAGCAGGUGAAGCAUGAGGUCAAUGUGACACCUGCAUACCUGUAGAUAUGUAAAUGUGUAUUAUCUUUUUUUUUUCCAAUUCCUUUUGAACUUGAAAAUAUGUAUCUAUUGCAUAUCUGAUGUUUAGAUUAUAUUGUACAAUUCAGACAGAAAAAAAGGGACAUAUGUUAGUUAAACACGCUAACACAAACGAAAAAUCUUGUUUGUUGUAACAUGGAGAUUGAUAAGAAAAGAAAUUACUGACCUUUCUGCAUUAGAAAACUUUGGCAUGUGUUUGUUUUUCCAGAUAAGGUAAAAUGAAUGAUCCAUGAAAGAGUAUUUAUAGCCAGGCUUCGGAUAAAAACGUUGGGGGAAGAGUUUCCUUUUGUUCAUUUUUUAAAAAACAUUUGUAGUCUUAGAAUAAAGGUAAAUGUCCGGAAGGCAGUGAUUGACAGCACUGGUGCCAGGUAAAAGAAAUAUUUAUUCUAUUAAGAUGAUUUUUUUCCACAUUUUAUUAUGAAGAUCUUCCAGUGCUGUCACCAUCUACUAGUUUAACAAUCAUAAUUAACAAUAGGCAUCUAGAAAAUCUUGAUCCUAUGAUAAAAAUAAGCAUUACCAUGCCAGUCAUCUGUUCAUAGUCAAGUAUUUUCCAUAACUAUCUUAACAAUAAUGAUAAUAAUAAUGUUACUAUCAAAGGCAGCCAUGAUAAUAGUGGGAUGAAAUGAGUCAUUGUGACGGCCGUAAUGACUCCCCUGUGUCUUGCACUUGGCCCUCCCACUGGUGUUAAGACUUUAUUCUAAAAAUGAAUUCAUCAAAUGAUCCUCCCAACGUUUUUCAUCUGCAUGGCCUUGAAGGUGUUCAGACCAAUAGCCACAAGUUACCUGCAUGAGUUUGACUGCAAACUUGUUUGUGUUUUUUUCUGUAUGUUUUACAACAUCCAACGAUAUUUGCCUUUCUGGGUGUGUCAGGAAACUAACCAUCAUUUCUAGAGACUGUCAGGAUGAACAAGUGCAGAUUCCAGCUGCAUGGCCUGGUACAGUCUGGCUCUGCACGAGGAAGUCUCAGUCCCAGUCUGAUUUGCUGCAGAAGCAUGACUUCAGAACAAACCGACUUUUCUGUAAUUUAAUACAACUACAUCAUGAUAUGGCAAAAAAUCCAUGUUUGGUCCAAAAGAUUAUGAGCAAAAGACUUUGAAAAUCAACAUUUUGAGUAAGACGUUUGGUUUACAGUUUGAAGCCUUUUCAACGAUAGAGGAGUGACUCAUAUUUGAAUAAUUCAUGUGGCCUGGCCAGAAUGUCCACUCUGUACCAGUAAUUAGAGAUGUGAAAAAAUGAGCUUUUGGUCUAAACACAUUUUAAUACUCAUCUUCUAAAAAUCAAUGCAGCAAAGGGAGCAGCUUUAUUUCUUCAUUAUGUUCCUUUUACCUGAGUUCUCUGAAUGUAUCCCAGCUCAACUUUCAAAAUAAGUCAGUUUUUCAGCCGAAAGUUCAGUCAGUGAGUCAGACAUGAGUUGAGCCUAUCAUAUGUUCUGUGAAUCAUAAAUUUGCACAUAAAAUGGACGAGAGCCCAGGAGAAAUUCAAACUGAGAUCACUGUGAGAUCAGAGCAUCGUGUUUUUUUACUCUAAAAGCUUCAUCUUAAGAGGAAUUUAGAGUUAUCAAAGGUUUACCAAAGUAAAAGCACUGUUUUAAUAAAUGGGGCUCAUCCAUCGGCCAGUUUCACUCCAUUUCAUUUGAAAAGACCCGGAUGUGUAAGAAUUUCUUUGUAUGUCUGUAUUGAACACUAACUCCUGUAUUGGUGAAAGAUGACAGUGAACGCAACAGUGUGGAGAGUCCAGGAAACUGAAAUAACUAUAUGUCUACAACUAUGUCCCGUUAAUGAAAAGGAGGCUGUUUGUUCGUUUGAUUAGAGAGGAAAACCCUAUGGCACUUUGUUGAAGUCUGCAGUACAGUAAGGACACACAUAGCAACACUAUGGAGCAGUCAGCAGCACACUCUGGAGACUACAUGAGAUUUGUGUGUGUGCGCGUGUGUGAAGAGUUCACAAUAAAACGUUUGAUAAACUCCUUUA